UCGCAAGGCAAAUUUUAUUUGGUUUUUCAAAAAUCUGCACCGUUUAAUUACAGUGAAAGUUUUGUGAGGCGUUCGCAGAAAUAAAUUUUUCAAAUUUUACCAGUGAAAAUUUCAAGAAAAACCCCCAAAACGCAACGCGGCGCGCGCAAAUCAACGGCACCAGCCAAGUGUUAAAAGAAAAGCGUCAAUAUUUCUGAAAUAUAACAACAACGAAAAUACCAAGUGUCUGUGCACAACUCAGUGUGUGUGCGAGUGUGUGUGCGUGUGUGUGCACUGCCUGAGUGUGCUUGUGUGUGCGUGUGUUUCAAAGCGCAUUUGGCAGCUGUGCCGCAGCCAAAAAUCAAAGUCUCAAAACAAAUUUUGCUGGCGUUGUUUUUUGUUGGCAGCUGUUGGCAGUAUGAACUGAUUUUGACCGAAUUUUGAUGAAGAAAAUGCAAAAAUGAAAAUAUUUUUGCCACUAGUCACGUGGAUAGUGCUACUACUCUUGAGUACAGUACAUUCACAAAACCAACAAAAACAACCCUUUAAGACAAAUCCAAACAAGCAUAGUCGAUUUCGAGGCGAAGUAUUCUUUCUGAAUCUCGAAGAUGGCUAUUUUGGCUGCCAAGUUAAUGAGUCUACAGACUAUUUACAACUAUACGAUCUAUCGAGAAUAUGCGACGGUAAUCAAGACUGUUUUCUUGGUUCCGAUGAGCUGAGCAAAGAGCUCAAAUGCACAAAUGACUGUGAUAAGGAUGGCACACAGUGCACAAACGGUGUUUGCCUGAAUGGUGUUUGCCAUUGCAAUGAUGGCUUUGGCGGCUGCAAUUGCGUCGAUCCGGAUGAGAACGAAUGCAAGCAGCGUCCAUGCGAUGUGUUUGCCCAUUGCACAAACACAUUGGGCAGCUUCACGUGUACCUGCUUUCCGGGCUAUCGCGGCGAUGGUUUCCAUUGUGAAGACAUUGACGAAUGCCAAGAUCCGGCGAUAGCGUCGCGUUGCGUGGAGAAUGCCGAAUGCUGUAAUCUGCCGGCGCACUUCCUCUGCAAGUGCAAGGACGGCUAUACGGGAGACGGAGAGGUGCUGUGCACGGACGUUGACGAGUGCAGCAAUCCGCUGGCCUGUGGCGCCCAUGCCCAGUGCAUAAACACGCCCGGCAACCACACGUGCGCCUGCCCCGAAGGCUUUGUGGGCAAUCCUUAUGACGGUUGUCAGGAUGUUGAUGAAUGCGCAUAUCCGAACGUGUGCGGACCAGGUGCCAUAUGUACGAAUCUCGAGGGCAGUUAUCGCUGCAACUGCCCGACGGGAUACGAUGGCGAUGGACGCGCCGAACAGGGCUGCGUCGAUCUGGACGAAUGCGCACGCACGCCUUGCGGACGCAAUGCGGAUUGCCUGAAUACGGAUGGCAGCUUUCGCUGCCUUUGCCCCGAUGGCUUCAGCGGUGACCCGAUGCACGGCUGCGAGGAUGUCGAUGAAUGCGCCAUUAACAAUCCAUGCGGUUUGGGUGCUCAAUGCGUGAACUUGGGCGGUAGCUUUCAAUGUCGUUGUCCACUGGGCUUUGUGCUUGAGCAUGAUCCGCACGCCGAGGCGCCAAUGGUGGCCACACCCACACUACAACUGGGCUAUGCCGAUGGCGAUACACUUAUAACACCAGCCCCGACAUCGGGCGCUGGUUUGGCCUGCCUGGACAUCGAUGAGUGCAACCAGCCGGAUGGUGUGGCCAAAUGUGGUACCAACGCCAAGUGCAUCAACUUCCCGGGCUCAUAUCGCUGUCUUUGUCCAAGCGGAUUUCAAGGACAGGGCUAUUUGCACUGCGAGAACAUCAACGAAUGCCAGGAUAAUCCUUGCGGAGAAAACGCGAUGUGUACGGACACCAUCGGCAGCUUCGUUUGCUCGUGCAAACCGGACUACACCGGUGAUCCGUUCCGCGGCUGCGUGGAUAUCGAUGAAUGCGCCGCACUGGAUAAGCCAUGUGGACAGCAUGCGAUCUGUGAAAAUGCCGUGCCGGGCUACAAUUGCAAAUGCCCGCAGGGUUAUGACGGAAAGCCCGAUCCAAAAGUGGCCUGCGAACAAGUCGAUGUGAACAUUUUAUGUCGCAGCAACUUUGAUUGCACCAACAAUGCCGAGUGCAUUGAGAACCAGUGCUUCUGCUUGGACGGAUUCGAACCCAUUGGAUCCAGCUGUGUAGACAUUGAUGAGUGUCGCACUCACGCAGAGGCCUGCGGCCCGCAUGCCCAGUGCCUGAACACGCCCGGUUCUUAUCGCUGCGACUGCGAAGCCGGCUACGUGGGCAGCCCUCCGCGAAUGGCCUGCAAGCAGCCCUGCGAGGAUGUGCACUGUGGUGCUCAUGCCUACUGCAAGCCGGAUCAGAACGAAGCGUACUGCGUCUGCGAGGAUGGCUGGACCUAUAAUCCGAGUGAUGUGGCCGCCGGAUGCGUGGAUAUUGAUGAGUGCGAUGUGUUGCAUGGACCCUUUGGCAGCUGUGGCCAAAAUGCCAGCUGCACCAAUACACCCGGUGGCUAUAGUUGCGCUUGUCCACCCGGCUACUCGGGUGAUCCACACAGCAAGUGCCUAGACGUGGAUGAGUGUCGUGCGGGUGGUAAAUGCGGCUCUGGUGCUGAUUGUGUCAAUAUGCCAGGAGGCGGUUACACGUGCCGCUGCCCCGAGGGCACACUUCCAGACCCGGAUCCUUCAGUGCGCUGCGUUCCCAUCGUUAGCUGCGCCACCAACGAGCAGUGCCCCGGAAAUGCCAUCUGCGAUGAGACCAAACGCUGUCUGUGCCCGGAACCCAAUAUUGGCAACGAUUGUCGACAUCCCUGCGAAACACGCGACUGCGGCGCCCAUGCCCAAUGCAUGCUAGCUAAUGGACAAGCACAGUGCCUCUGCGCGCCAGGCUAUACGGGUAAUGCAGCAUUACCAGGAGGAUGCAGUGAUAUCGACGAGUGCCGCGCCAAUCCCUGUGCUGCCAAUGCAAUUUGCAGCAACACAGCCGGCGGGUAUUUGUGCCAAUGCCCAGGUGGAUCUACUGGAGAUGCCUAUGGCGAAGGCUGCGCCACAGCCAAGACUGUAGGCUGCUCCGAUACCAGUCCGUGCGCCUUGGGCGAAAGCUGUGUUCAGGAUACAUUUACAGGCGGCAGUGUUUGUAUUUGUCGCCAAGGAUAUGAGCGUAAUCCCGAGAGUGGCCAGUGCCAGGAUCUUGAUGAGUGUGGGGCCGAGCGCGUAAAGCCUGCGUGUGGCCUGAAUGCCCUCUGUAAAAAUCUUCCCGGCAGCUACGAGUGUCGCUGUCCACAAGGACACACCGGUAAUCCCUUCGUUAUGUGCGAGAUCUGCAGCAGUCCCGAGUGCCAAUGCCAAGCACCGUAUAAGCUGCUCGGUAACAGCUGCGUGUUAGCUGGUUGCUCCAGUGGACAGCCAUGCCCCAGCGGUGCGGAGUGCAUUUCUAUAGCGGGCGGUGUUAGCUACUGCGCCUGCCCCAAGGGCUACCAAACCCAGCCGGAUGGAAGCUGCAUAGAUGUCAAUGAGUGCGAGGAACGUGGUGCUCAGCUAUGCGCUUAUGGGGCUCAAUGUGUCAACCAACAGGGCGGCUACAGCUGUCACUGCCCCGAGGGCUACCAAGGAGAUGCGUACAAUGGACUCUGCGCGCCGGCACAGCGGAAGUGUGCUGCUGACAAGGAGUGCGCCAGCAAUGAGAAAUGUAUACAGCCAGGCGAAUGUGUUUGCCCGCCGCCCUAUUUUCUGGAUCCACAGGAUAACAACAAGUGUAAGAGUCCCUGUGAGCGUUUCGCCUGUGGCAUCAAUGCCAAGUGCACGCCCUCCGAUCCACCGCAGUGCAUGUGCGAAGCGGGAUUCAAAGGUGAUCCGCUGCUCGGCUGCACCGAUGAAGAUGAGUGCGCUCACUUGCCCUGCGCCUAUGGUGCGUACUGUGUGAACAAAAAGGGCGGCUACCAGUGCGUCUGCCCCAAGGGAUUUACCGGUGAUCCCUACAAGAGUGGUUGCAUACUGGAGAACGGCGUACCAAAGAGCACCUGCUCCAACAACGAAGACUGCGCCAGCAAUCUAGCCUGUCUGGAUGGCAGCUGCCUCAGCCCCUGCGCCAGUUUGCUAUGUGGCUCCAACGCCUAUUGCGAGACAGAACAGCAUGCGGGCUGGUGCCGCUGUCGUGUAGGUUUCGUCAAGAACGCCGAUGGCGAUUGUGUAUCGCAGUGCCAGGACAUCAUCUGCGGUGAUGGCGCACUCUGCAUACCCACCAGCGAGGGACCCACCUGCAAGUGCCCACAGGGCUACUUAGGCAAUCCCUUUCCGGGAGGAAGCUGCAGCACUGAUCAGUGCACUGCCUCUAGACCCUGCGAUGAGCGUCAGAUCUGCAUUAAUGGACGCUGCAAGGAACGCUGCGAGGGCGUUGUCUGUGGCAUUGGCGCCACCUGCGACAAGAACAACGGUAAAUGUGUCUGUGAGCCUAACUUUGUGGGCAAUCCUGAUCUGCUAUGCAUGCCACCCAUCGAACAAGCCAAAUGCUCACCCAACUGCGGCGAAAAUGCGCAUUGCGAGUACGGACUAGGCCAGAGCCGUUGCGCCUGCAACCCAGGCACCUUUGGCAAUCCCUACGAGGGAUGCGGCGCCCAGAAAAAGAACGUCUGCCAACCAAACAGCUGCGGACCGAAUGCCGAGUGCCGUGGUGCGGAUAAUCAGAUUACCUGCAUAUGUCCACAAGGAUUUAACGGCAACCCCUAUGUGGGCUGCCAGGAUGUGGACGAGUGCGCCAACAAGCCGUGCGGCCUAAACGCUGCCUGCCUUAACACAGCGGGUAGCUUUGAGUGUCUCUGUCUAUCCGGCCAUGCUGGCAAUCCAUACAGCAGCUGCCAGCCCAUUGAGAGCAAAUUCUGUCAAGAUGCCAGCCAGUGUCAGUGCAGCGAGGGCGUAGAAUGCCCCGAUGGCUACAGCUGUCAAGGUGGCCAGUGCAAGAAUUUAUGCUCCAACACAGCGUGUGGGCCGCGUGCUAUUUGCGAUGCGGGCAAAUGUCUGUGCCCGCUGGGCUAUGUGGGAGAUCCGCAUGAUCUGAGCCAAGGCUGCAACAUACGCGGCCAGUGCGGCAACGAUGCGGACUGCCGCCACACGGAGAUCUGCUUCCAGCUGGGUAAGGGCUUGCGCAAGUGCGUGGAUGCCUGCUCCAAGAUACAAUGCGGUCCCAAUGCGCUAUGUGUGGCUGAUGAUCAUCGUUCGUCAUGUAUCUGCGCCGACGGAUACUUUGGAAAUCCGAGCAAUCUACAAGUAGGUUGCCAGCCUGAACGCAAAGUUCCCGAUCUUGAAAAUAAAUGCAAGACUGACAAGGAUUGCAAUCGUGGUUUUGGCUGUCAAACAGACGCACUAGGCAGUCGCGAGUGCAUUAAUUUGUGCUCCAACGUUGUCUGUGGUCCCAACGAGCUUUGCAAGAUCAAUCCAGCCGGACACGCCAUUUGCAACUGUGCGGAUAGCUUCGUAUGGAAUCCAGUUGUCUCCUCAUGCGAGAAGCCUUCGCUACCCGACUGCACCAGUGAUGAGAACUGCCCGGAUGGCUCCGCUUGCCGCCCUGACGUACUAGGUGUGCUUAAGUGUGUUGCCAUCUGUGAUGCCUUCACCUGUCCGGCCAACUCGAUUUGCGUUGCCCGCCAUCAUCAAGGACGCUGUGAUUGCCUCAGUGGAUUUGUAGGCAAUCCCAACGAUCGCAAUGGCUGCCAGUUGGAGCGCAAGCAUCAGUGCCGUAGUAAUGCUGAAUGUCCUGAAUCGGAGGCGUGCAUUAAGGACGAGUCCACGCAGUCGCUGAGCUGCCGAUCCGCUUGUGACAGCGUCAAGUGUGGACCACGUGCCGUUUGCAUCACGAACAAUCACCAGGCACAGUGCCAGUGCCCACCAGGCCCCUACGCAGGUGAUCCGUACGAUCCGUUUAACGGCUGCCAGAGCGUGCCCUGCGUCUACAACCAUGAUUGUCCAACUAAUCAAAUGUGUAACCGCAUGACGCACACCUGUUACGAUGUGUGCGAUGAGGAAUCCUGUGGAGAAAAUGCUAUUUGCCUGGCCGAAGAUCACCGCGCCGUCUGCCAGUGCCCGCCCGGCUACCGUGGAAACCCACUGCCCGAGGUGGCUUGCGUUAAGCAAAAUGGCUGUGCACCUGGCAGCUGCCAUCCCACGGCAAUAUGUGAGGUCACGCCCGACGGCGCCAGCUGCAAGUGCCCGCCCCUAUUUGUGGGCGAGCCUCAACCCAAUACUAGUGGCUGCCGUCCAGAUGGACAGUGCCCCAAUGGCGAUGCUGACUGCCCGGUAAAUACCAUCUGCGCUGGAGGACGCUGCCUAAAUCCCUGCGAUAAUGCCUGUGGAGCCAAUGCGGACUGCAAGGUGGUCAAUCGGAAGGCGGUUUGCAGCUGUCCGCUGCGAUUCCAGCCAAUCUCCGACUCUGCCAAGAACGGCUGCGCACGUAGUGCCUCCAAGUGUCUGACAGACGUCGAUUGUGGAGGUGAGCUGUGCUACAAUGGCCAGUGCCGCGUGGCAUGCCGCAACACACAGGACUGCUCCGAUGGUGAGAGCUGCUUGGGAAAUGUAUGCGUUGUCGCCUGCCUGGAUCACAGCCAGUGCGCCAAGGGCUUGGCCUGCAUGGAGGGUCACUGCGCCAUCGGCUGUCGCAGCAACAAGGAGUGCAAGCAGGAGCAGUCGUGCAUUGGCAACAAGUGCAUGGAUCCUUGUGAAUCAAGCACUAGCUGCGGACCCAAUGCGCUCUGUAGCAUUGCCGAGCAUCGCAGUCAAUGCACCUGCCCGGAUGGCUUCGAGGGUAACCCAACACCCGAACAGGGUUGCGUGCGGGUGCCCUCUCCCUGUCUGGCCAGUAACCAGUGUCCGAGCGGUCAUAUGUGCAUUGGCAAUCAGUGUAAUCUGCCCUGCACUAAGACCUCCGCCUGCGCCGUCGGAGAACGAUGCUACCAACAGGUCUGCAGAAAGGUCUGCUACACCAGCAACAAUUGUCUGGCGGGCGAGAUCUGCAACAGCGAUCGCACCUGCCAGCCUGGCUGUGAAUCGGAUGCGGAUUGUCCACCUACCGAACUAUGUUUGACUGGAAAGUGUAAGUGCGCUAAUGGAUUUAUUGGCACACCUUUCGGGUGCUCGGACAUUGAUGAGUGCACGGAGCAGCCAUGCCAUGCCACCGCGAAAUGUGAAAAUGUGCCUGGUUCUUAUCGUUGCGUCUGCCCGGAGGGCACCGUUGGAGAUGGAUACACACAACAGGGUUGCACAAAGCCGAGAGAGUGCAACAAGCCUGAGGAUUGCGCCAAUAGCUUGUCCUGUAUUCAUGGCAAGUGCACGGAUCCUUGUUUGCACACGGUAUGUGGAGCCAAUGCGCAAUGCCAGGCGGAAGCCCAUGAGUCAGUGUGCACCUGUCCUGCUGGCUAUCUGGGCGAUCCCAAUGACACUGGCGUCGGUUGUUUCAAAGUAGAGUGCAUUGAUCACGUGGAUUGCGCGAGUGAUCGCGCCUGUGAUGCGGAGACUAAUCGCUGCAUUAAACCAUGUGACCUAAUCAGCUGCGGUAAGGGCAGCUGCCAGGUAUCAGAUCACAAAGCCUUAUGUGAAUGCAACGAAGGCUAUCAGCUUAUCAAUGGAGCUUGCGAGGAUAUUAACGAGUGCCUACAACAGCCUUGUCAUAGCACAGCUUUCUGCGACAAUCUGCCCGGCAGCUACAACUGCAAGUGUCCCGAGGGACUAAUUGGUGAUCCUCUGCAGGCGGGCUGUCGCGAUCCCAGCGAAUGCCUCAGCGAUGCUGACUGCCCGACCACGGCCAGCUGCCAGAACUCCCGAUGCCGUAGUCCUUGUGAGCGCCAAAACGCUUGUGGGCUAAAUGCAAACUGCUUAGCCCAGUCCCACAAUGCCAUUUGUAGUUGUCCCGCCAAUUCGCGUGGAGAUCCGCAAGUAGAAUGCGUGCACAUCGAGUGCGCCGACAAUGGCGACUGUGGCGCUGAUAAGGCCUGCCUAGAUGCCAAGUGUAUUGAUCCCUGCUCGCUCCCGAAUGCCUGUGGUGCGCUGGCGCGAUGCUCGGUGCAGAAUCAUAUUGGAGUAUGUGCCUGCGAAUCGGGCAGCACUGGAGAUGCUAAGCAAGGCUGUGUGCAGCUUCAAUACUGCCAACAGGAUACUCAGUGUCCACAGGGCAGCAUCUGUGCGCACGGAAUCUGCAGUCCUUUAUGCAGCAGUAAUCGCGAUUGUAUUUCGGAGCAGCUAUGUCUGCAGGGCGUCUGCAAGAGCACAUGCAAGACGAACACCACCUGUCCACAGUUCCAGUUCUGCCAAAACAACAUUUGCGUCAAGGAGAUGGAGUGCAGUGUUAAUAGCGACUGCGGCGAGGAUGAAACUUGCCUUGUCGAUGCCUAUGGACGUGCUCGAUGUGAAUCUGUCUGCCUAGGACGGUCUGCCUGUGGACGCAACGCGGAGUGCAUUGCUCGCUCCCAUGAGCCCGACUGCACCUGCAAGGAGGGAUUCUUUGGGGAUGCCCGCUCUGGCUGCCGCAAGAUCGAGUGCAGCACCGAUGCUGACUGCUCCAACGAUAAAAGCUGCGACAAUCACAUGUGCAAGAUCGCCUGCUUGAUUGGCCAGCCGUGCGGCGAGAAUGCACUUUGCACUACCGAGAAUCAUCAUCAGGUGUGCCACUGUCAGCCCGGCUUCAGUGGCGAUCCGCGCAUCCGUUGUGAUGUCAUUGACUUUUGUAAGGACGCGCCGUGCGGUCCCGGCGCCCGUUGUCGCAAUUCGCGUGGCUCCUACAAAUGCACCUGUCCACCUGGUCUCGUCGGCGAUCCCUACAACGAGGGUUGCCGCAGCUCCGUCGAGUGCGUGACCCACGACGAUUGUCCCCCGCAUGCCGCAUGCACCAAGACUAACGGAGUACCCAAAUGCCAGGAUGUGUGCGCUCAGCUGCAGUGUGGCCCCAAUGCGGAAUGUGUUCCGAAAGGUCAUGUGGCGCACUGUGCAUGCCGCAAUGGCUACGACGGCCAACCCGCUGACCGGCUGGCCGGUUGCAAGCCAUUGCCAAUGCCCUGCCAAAUCACUAGCGAUUGCCCCACCAACACAUACUGCUCAGAUAGCGUCUGUAAACCUGCCUGCUUGCUUGACACUGAGUGUGCUCCAUCGGAAGUGUGCCAGGGCGGUCAAUGUUUCGACCCCUGUCAGCAACCGCAGGCAUGUGGCCAGAAUGCCGAAUGCCUGAUGCUCAGCCAUGUCAAACAGUGCCAUUGCCCGGAGGGCUUUACCGGCGACGCAGCCAAGGAGUGCGUGCGUGUGCCGGUGGCCUGCGAUGGUGACUGUGCGCCUGGUUACACCUGCCGUGACUCCAUGUGCCUGCCCAGCUGUCACAAUGAUCUGGAGUGCGCCUCCAAUGAAAAGUGCCUGCGUGGCAACUGCAUGCUAACCUGCCGUGUCGACAACGACUGCUUCCUGGGCCAUGUGUGCCUGCAUAAUAAGUGCGUCUAUGGAUGUCACGUGGAUGACGAUUGCAGCGCUUCCGAGUCCUGUCGCAACGAUAAGUGCGUCAAUCCCUGCGUUGAGAAUCCUUGCGGACCCAACGCCGUAUGCUCGGUGUCAAAUCAUCGCGCCAGCUGCAGUUGUCUGGACAAUAUGGUGCCCAACCCCACACCCCAGGUGGGUUGUGUGCGCACGCCCCCUCUGGAGUGCCAUGAGAACCGCGACUGCAACAAUGGCCUGGCCUGUUUUGAGUCCGUCUGUCGUCCACUGUGUGCCGACGAUGCCGGCUGCUUGACCAACGAGCGGUGCCAGCAGGGUGUCUGCAAGCCGCUCUGCCGCCAUGAUAACGAGUGUGCCAAUGGAGAGCUGUGUCUGGGACUUAACUGCGUCACGGGCUGCCGCUCCGAUCAAGGCUGCCCCAAUCAUUUGGCCUGCAUUGGCCAGCAAUGCGUAGAUCCCUGCUCGGAGCCCACUGCCUGCGGCACCAAUGCACUUUGCCAGGCCAUCGAUCAUCGAAAGCAAUGUAGCUGCCCCGAGGGACUCAGUGGCAAAGCCGACGUGGCAUGCAAGGCACCACGCACUGCCUGUGGUCGCAACGAGGACUGCGAUUCAAAUCAGUUAUGCUAUGCGGGCAGUUGCCAGGGAAAAUGCCGCAACGAUCAGAACUGCCUCUCAGAUGAGCGCUGUAUGCGCGGCACAUGUCGCACCGUGUGUAACACGGAUAGCGCCUGUGCUCAAGGUCAGAUCUGCGAGAAUCGCGUAUGCCAAACGGGAUGCCGCAACGAUCUCAGCUGCGCCAGCGAAGAGGCUUGCGUUAAUAAGAAGUGCCAAAAUCCGUGCCAAGCACCCGGCCAGUGUGGGCAAUGCGCUGAAUGCCUUGUCAUUAAUCACGGCGUCCAGUGCCAGUGUCCAGCUGCAUUCAUUGGCGAUGGCCUAACCGGCUGCCAGCUGCCGCCCGAGCGUUGUCAUCCAGGCUGCGAAUGUGACGAAAGCGGCGCCUAUUGCGCCGCAAAAUGCAGCCGCACUGAGGACUGCGACUGCGGACAGCAGUGCGCACGUGGCAAGUGCCGCAACAAGUGCGGCGCCAAGCGUCAGUGUCCGCUGGGACAGCUGUGCGAGCGCGGUGCCUGCAUUGCCGGCUGCAAAUCGAAUGGAGACUGCGCUGCUGACCAGAGCUGCCUAAAUGGCAAGUGCGUUGAUCCCUGUGCCGAUGACAGGGCCUGUGGUCGCAAUGCGCUGUGCACAGUGUCGGAGCAUCGUAUGCUGUGCUACUGCCCAGACGGCUAUGAGGGCGAGCCAAGCAAGGAGUGUGUACAGUUUGAGUGUCGACAGGAUAACGACUGCGAGUCGAGUAAACGCUGCGAUCAAGGCAAGUGUCGCAAUCCAUGCCUCGAGUUUGGAGCCUGUGGCACCAAUGCGCAAUGUCGUGUGGUCAAUCGCAAGGCCCAAUGCUCAUGCCCACCGGACUUCUUUGGCAAUCCCGCCAGCGAAUGUCAGCCACUAGAUGGCGGCUGCUCCAACAAUCCCUGCGGCGUGAAUUCCAAGUGCAUUGAGCUACCCGGAGGCUACGAAUGUGCCUGCAUGGAUGGCUGCAUGGGCGAUGCCCACAAGGGUUGCCUAUGCGAAGGUACUUUGGUUAAUGCAUGCCAUGAACAACCCUGCGGUCUAAAUGCCGCCUGCCGCGUGCUGAGCAACGAUCAGGCAGAAUGUUACUGUCCCGAGGACUUCCCCAACGGCGAUGCCUAUGUGCACUGCCAUUUGACCCCACCGCAAGAGGACUGUCGCACGCGAGGCUGUGAUAUUGGCGACUGUGUACGCCAAGGCUAUGAUUAUGUCUGUCAGCAGGACACCGAUCAAUGCUACUCAGAUACGGAUUGUCCCAGUGAGAAAUCAUGCCUGCAAGGACACUGCACCGAUCCUUGUACAAUGCGUGGCGCGUGUGGCAUAAAUGCGCUAUGUCAGACAGUGCUGCAUCGUCCGCGGUGCUCCUGUCCCAGCUGUCACAUAGGUCGACCCGAGGUCGAGUGCAAGCCGGAUCCGAAAUGUGUGCCAGAAGACACAGACCCCAAGACAAAGGAGCAAAUACCAUGCGCCAGUGAUGCCGAGUGUCCAGAGACCUUACAGUGCGGUCAAUUCGGCCAAUGCACAGAUCCUUGCAACAAUCCCCUAUUUAUUUGUGAAAGUAAUAAAAAAUGUGAGACACGUCGCCACCAGCCCGUUUGCAUAUGCAAAUCAGGCUUUAUUGUCAAUGAGUAUGGUGAAUUGACCUGUGCACCGGAUAAGCGCGAAUGCUAUCGCGAUGAUGACUGUGCCUCGAAUAUGGCCUGCACGGAUGGCAAGUGUCGAAACCCGUGUAUAGUGCCACUGGGCCGUGCCCCUAUUUGUGCCGAAAAUAAAUCCUGUGAGGUACAAGAUCAUAAGCCUGUAUGUAUUUGCAUGCGCGAUUGCCAGCCAUCGAUAUCAAUAUGUUUGCGUGAUGCUGGUUGUCCGGCGGGCUUGGCCUGUCGUAAUUAUCAGUGCGUCGAUCCGUGCAAGUUUGCCACGUGCGCAUCCAACUCGCCAUGCAUUGUCGAGGAUCAUAAGCCGAUAUGUAAAUUCUGCCCAACUGGAUUUAUAGCCGAUGCCAAAUACGGAUGUCAAAAAGAAAUCGGUUGUGCCUCCAGCGAUGAAUGCCCAACUCAACAAGCAUGCGUAAAUGCGCUUUGCGUGGAUCCCUGUGCCUAUGAGAAUCCAUGCGGUCGCAGUGAUGAUUGUCGCGUUGUUGCUCAUCAACCAGUUUGUGCCAACGCCUGCGAGUGUCAGCGCAAAUCUGACUGUCGGAAUGGUUUUGAAUGUGAUGGUUGUCACUGUCGUGACAAUAUUACAGCAACAGGUCGCACUCCUGGCUGUGAGCACUGCCCGCCAGGCGCAAAGUGUGAUCCCACCACUGGUGCUUGUAUUAAAGCUAAUGUAACAAUAACAACUAGUACUACCAAGAAAACCACAGUGAAACCGACAACAACAGCACAAACAACAACAACAGCUACAACAGCUAACCCAAACACUGGUGAUGACAUGUUGCCAACCUUAAGCAAGGGUAACACCACUAGCACCACCAUCAUCACUACUAGCACUGAAACGAGCACAGUCAUAGGUGCUACUAACAAAACCAGCACAAGUAAAUCCACCAUUGAGACUACAACCAUCAAGUCGGGGCACACGAAAGGCUAUCGGGAUGGUGAAAACAAUAUAACCGAUACGCCAACACCAAGGCCCGUGAUUACAACAACCACACUGGCUAGCAAAGAUGGUGGCAGGCGCACUACAACCCCAAAAAUGAAGACGACUCGGCUUGAUACCUCAAAUGAGAUACCAGAGACGACAACUAUGACCAGCACAACGCCUUGGCCCACGGAACUACCAACUAGAGCAGGCACAACAACGGAAAUCAACGAUCUAAUCACGGUGUACACAACAACAUCCACGCCAACACCGAACACCACAGAUAUUACAGUUAUUAACCCAUGUACAGUAGAUACUAACUGUGCUCCUAACGAGCACUGUAAGCUGGGGCGUUGCAAACCCAAAGAGCCACCUGGCACGCCUAAAACACCUGAACCAUGCCAAUCAAACAAUGAUUGCAUUGAAAGCGAGGCCUGUUACAUGGGUUUGUGUCACGAUCCCUGCGAAUUUGCCAAAAUUUGUGCUUCGAGUGCCAAGUGUACAGCGAAGAGUCACCGACCAAUUUGCAGCUGUCCGCAGGGUCAUGAAGGCAACCCGAUGGUCAAGUGUGUGCCAACUCAAACUUCAAUGGAAUGUACGGACAACUCAGAUUGCGGAAUUACGGAAGCCUGCAUCAAUGAGCAUUGCCAGCACCCUUGCGACGUGCAUGAUCCAUGUGCCCAGAACGCGGUUUGUAUCAAUGCCAAUCAUGCAGCUGAUUGCAGUUGCCUGGACGGCUAUCAGGGCAACGGUUUCGUCGGUUGCCAGCCAGCACGCACCCACGUCUGUCAAUACAACGAGGAUUGUCCACCCAAUAAGCUAUGCGAUCGCCUUAAUCGACGCUGUAUUAAUCCUUGCCAAGAGGAUUCGUGCGGUGAGAACGCCGAGUGUGUUCCGGUCAACCAUGGCAUCGAUUGUCGCUGCUUGCCCGGAUACCUAGGCAAUGCGUACGUUCUGUGCCAGCAAUCCCAGGGUUGUCGCUCCAAUUCCGAGUGUGAUGUCAGCCAGGCAUGCAUAAAUGGCAAGUGUAUAUCGCCUUGUCAGUGUGGUGCCUAUGCCCUGUGUGAUGUCAUCAAUCAUCGUGGCGUUUGCAAGUGCCCACCUGGAUACAAUGGUAAUCCAGAAGUGGGUUGCAGUCCACCGCAGAAUCCAUGCGACCCCAACCCAUGCGGUGUGAAUGCGCAGUGUGAGUUGGACAACGGAAAUCCCAUAUGCUUCUGCCCCAAAGGACUUACGGGUAAUCCGUUCAAGAAUUGCAUUCCUGAGGGCGAUGAAUGCAUACCCAAUCCUUGUGGUCCCAACUCCGGCUGUCGGCGCGUCAACGGUGCUCCGGUUUGCUUCUGUUUGCCUGAAUAUGAAGGUCAACCUCCACUCAUAGCUUGUGAGUUGCCCUCGAAUCCAUGCGAACCCUCGCCGUGCGGGCCCAAUACGCAGUGUGCAGUGCUGAGCAAUGGAUUCUCCAAAUGCACCUGCCUCCCAGGCUAUGUGGAGAGUCCCAACACCAUACGCGGCUGCGUGGAGCCAAUCAAUCCCUGUGAACCUAAUCCUUGUGGCACAGGUGCCAUCUGCGACUCAUCCCGCCAGCCUGUCUGCUACUGUCCGGACAACAAGAUUGGAAAUCCUUUCAGAAUUUGCGAGAAGCCAGCGGUCUCUGUUGAACUGUGUCAGCCCGGUCCAUGUGGUCGCAAUGCUGACUGCUAUGUGGCCGGAAAUCGAGAGGAAUGCUUCUGCCGUUCGGGCUACGUUGGAGAUGCAUACCAGGGCUGUACGGAACCAAGUCGCACUGUGUGUGAUCCCAAUCCCUGCGGACCCAAUGCCAACUGCGUUGUUGCUGGUGAUGGUCAAACAGCUUGUGUGUGCCCUGAAGGUCUGUCUGGCGAUCCGACAUCCGUCGCCGGCUGCCAUGGCUACGAAUGUCAAGUGGAUGCCGACUGUCCUCAGAACAAGGCUUGUAUGGGCUUCCGUUGCUACGAUCCCUGCCCUGGUGCCUGCGGCCAAGGGGCCAAUUGCCGCGUGGAACAACAUCAUCCCGUUUGUUCUUGCAAUGCUGGCUUAACCGGCAAUCCUGGCGUGCGCUGCUUUGCGUUGGAUUUACCAAAGGCCAACCCCUGUGUGCCUAGUCCAUGCGGUUUGAACAGCGAGUGCAAAUUGCUAAAUAACCGCGCUGUCUGCUCAUGCCUACCUGGAUAUCUGGGCGAUCCUCAGGCCGGCUGUAAGCCGGAAUGCGAUAUUAACUCGGACUGCGGAGAGUUACAAUCCUGCAUAAAUCACAAGUGCGUGGAUCCUUGUGCUGGCACCAUCUGCGGUAUUAAUGCUAUUUGCAAUGUGCGUCAGCAUACACCUGUUUGCCAUUGUCUCGAUGGCUUCGCUGGAGAUGCCUUCCUCCAGUGUGUGCCUGUUGGCAUUUUGAAGAACAUCUCACGUGAUCCUUGUGCACCUUCCCCUUGUGGACCAAAUGAUGUAUGCUCCGUAUUUGGCGAUGGUGUAGCACUAUGUGAUCCUUGCUUUGGACCCAAUGCCCAGCAGAAUCCGCGCUGUAGACCAGAAUGUAUUGCAAACUCCGACUGUCCCUUUGAUCGUGCAUGCUUGGGUCAACGUUGUUUGGAUCCCUGCCCCGGCUCCUGUGGACGCAACGCUAUUUGCAACGUGUACGAGCAUAACCCAGUAUGUGCUUGCCCUAACGGACUCUAUGGCAAUCCCUACGAACAAUGUGCACCACCCUCGCCAAUUGUACCAACACCUUCGGCUAGCUGUGCUAAGCUGCAGUGCGGACCCAAUGCCGAUUGCAAACGCCAGAGUGGAGGUUUGGCAUGCGUCUGCCGCAAGGGUUACUUUGGGAAUCCCUACUUUGGCUGUCGACCGGAAUGCGUGCUCAACAGUGACUGUUCUGCGGACAAAUCUUGUGUGAAUUCCAAGUGUGUGGACGCUUGUGUCGGUGUCUGUGGCGUCAAUGCCGUGUGUCGUGUCGUUAACCAUGCACCAGUUUGUGUGUGCGCCGAGGGUUACAGUGGUGAUGCUUUCGUGGCAUGCAAUCCUUAUUACUUGCCGCCAGUGUCACCGCCUACCGAUCGUCGUAAUCCGUGCGAGCCCUCGCCUUGUGGCCCGAACUCGCGUUGCUUGGCUUCAGCUGACGGUUAUGCCGCUUGCUCCUGUCUACCCAAUUUCAAGGGUGCUCCACCAGUUUGCCAGCCAGAGUGCGUUGUUAGCACAGAGUGUGCGCCCAACCAGGCGUGCAUCAAUCAACGCUGCGCCGAUCCUUGCCCAGGUACUUGCGGCAUUGGUGCGCGGUGUGAGGUUCUGAAUCACAAUCCGAUUUGCUCAUGUGAGGCACUGUUUGAGGGUGAUCCAUUCGUGUCUUGCUCGCGCGUGCCUGAACCGCCACCAGAUGGCAAAUCACCAGCAAAUCCUUGCGUACCAUCGCCGUGCGGUCCCAACUCCAUAUGCCAGAUCAAACAGAAUCGACCAGUGUGCUCGUGUGUUGCCAAUUAUAUAGGCAGUCCCCCUUACUGCCGACCCGAGUGCACGCUAAGCAGUGAAUGCCCCACCGAUAAGGCAUGCAUACAGGAAAAAUGUCAGAAUCCAUGCGCGAACACUUGUGGACACAAUGCCCGCUGCACGGUAGUUGCGCACUCAGCUCAUUGCAGCUGCGACGCAGGAUACGAGGGCGACGCCUUCGUGGGCUGCUCAAAGGUCAUAGAACAGAAACCACACGAUCACAUCAAUCCCUGUUAUCCAAAUCCGUGCGCAGAGAAUGCAGUGUGCACACCGCAUAAUGACGCCGCUCGGUGCAGCUGCAUUGAGCCCUAUUUCGGGGAUCCAUACAACACCGGCUGUCGACCAGAAUGUAUAUACAAUUCGGAAUGUCCAUCGUCAUUGGCCUGCAUUAAGCAGCACUGCCGAAAUCCUUGCACUGGCGCAUGCGGUCCCAAUGCCGAGUGCGGAGUGAUCAACCAUUUACCCACUUGCAGUUGCACGCGUGGCUUCGAGGGCGAUCCCUUCGUAGGCUGCAAACGCACUUCCAUUGGACCCAUCAGCGUGUGUGAGCCCAAUCCUUGUGGACCGAAUAGUAUAUGCCGCACAGUUGAGGGUCAUCCAACAUGCAGCUGUCAGGUUGGUUACUUUGGCGCACCACCCACAUGCCGCCCAGAGUGUGUAGUUAGCUCAGAGUGUGCUCAGCAUUUGGCAUGUAUUAAUCAAAAGUGCGCCGAUCCAUGCAGUGGCACAUGCGGCUUCAAUGCCAAGUGUCAAGUGAACAAUCACAAUCCCAUCUGUACUUGCCCAAGUGAAUAUGUAGGAGAUCCAUUCGAACAAUGUGUUCCUAAACCGCCUGAAUCACGACCCGCUGUCAAUCCCUGCCUACCCAAUCCCUGUGGGCCAAAUGCCAUGUGCCGCGAUGUGAACAAUCGUGCAGAGUGCUCUUGCUUGGAGGGCAUGUUCGGUGCACCACCCAGCUGCCGACCCGAAUGCGUUAUUAACCAGGACUGCCCUUCGAAUCGCGCCUGCAUACGCCAGCGCUGCGAAGAUCCCUGCAUUGGCACUUGUGGCUUCAAUGCAUUGUGUAAUACACAGCAUCAUCAGCCCAAGUGCAGUUGUCUUGAAGGUUACGAAGGUGAUCCGUACACGGGUUGCAACAUGCAUCAAAUUGUGGUGCUCGAUGUACCCACUGAUCCAUGCUAUCCAUCGCCAUGUGGUGCAAAUGCCAUUUGUCGCGAACGCAACGGUGCUGGCUCAUGCAGCUGCAUUCAAAAUUAUUUUGGUGAUCCAUACAUAAAUUGCCAACCCGAGUGUGUGCAAAACAGCGACUGUCCCGGUAGCAAGGCUUGCAUCAAUAUGAAGUGUCGCGAUCCCUGCGCGAAUGCGUGCGGUUUUAAUGCGGUUUGUCGCGUUGCUCAUCAUCAACCCGUGUGCAGUUGUGAGCCAGGUUUCACAGGAAAUCCAUUACGCGCCUGCGUGGAGCGACCCACAAAUAUGUACCUGCCACUGCCCAAAGAUCCAUGCAGACCGUCCCCCUGCGGCCUCUUUAGCACCUGUCAUGUUGUUGGGAGUCGUCCAGUCUGCGCUUGCUUGCCAGAUUAUAUGGGCAAUCCACCCAACUGCAAGCCGGAGUGUUUGACAAGUGCAGAGUGUACCUCAGAUAGGGCCUGCAUUAAUCAGAGAUGCCGCGAUCCCUGCCCCGGCACCUGUGGCUACAAUGCGCGCUGUCGGACGACGAAUCAUUCGCCCAUCUGCAGCUGCUUUGAUGGUUAUACUGGUGAUCCAUUCCAUCAGUGCGUGCCCGAGCAAAAACCAGCACCCAUACCCGAUCCCAUACAACCAGUUAAUCCCUGCGUGCCUUCGCCCUGCGGCCCUAACUCACAGUGCCAAGUCGCAAGUAGCGGUGCCGUCUGCGCCUGCCUCAACAACUACAUAGGACGUCCUCCUGCUUGCCGGCCCGAAUGCAGCAUUAAUUCUGAGUGCCCGGCUCGUAUGGCCUGCAUGAAUGCACGCUGCGCCGAUCCAUGCAUUGGCUCCUGUGGCAAUAACGCGGUCUGCCAUGUCAGCUUCCACGCGCCCGUGUGCAUGUGCCAGCAAGGCUACACAGGAGAUCCAUUUUCCGGCUGCUACAAGAUCUUAGAAACACCCGUAGAAACCACACAACCCUGUCGACCCAGCCCUUGUGGUCUGAACGCUCUAUGUGAAGAGCGUAAUCAAGCCGCAGCCUGCAAAUGUUUGCCAGAAUACUUUGGCGAUCCGUACGUCGAAUGCCGACCCGAGUGUGUAAUCAACUCGGAUUGCCCCAAAACACGUGCCUGUGUCAACCAGAAGUGCGUCGAUCCAUGUCCUGGUAUGUGCGGCCAUAGAGCGCUAUGUGCCGUAUUUAAUCACGCGCCCAACUGCGAAUGCCUGCCAGGCUAUACAGGAAAUCCCAUAGUGGGCUGCCAUUUAAUACCCGAAUCGCCACGCUAUCCCGAUCCUAUUGUGCCCGAAAAUCCAUGUCAACCCUCACCAUGCGGCUUAUAUAGCAACUGCCGCGCACUCAACGGUCAUGCAGUCUGCUCAUGCAUUCCAAAUUAUGUGGGCGCACCACCUAACUGCCGGCCCGAAUGCAUGAGCAGUUCGGAAUGCAGCCAGGACAAGUCCUGCAUUAACGAGCGCUGCAAAGAUCCUUGCCCCGGCACAUGCGGCAACAAUGCGCUCUGUCGCGUCGUAAAUCACAAUCCCAUUUGCUCCUGCAGCCCUGGCUACAGUGGUGAUCCUUUCGUACGCUGUCUACUCGAAGAAAAACGCCCCAUCGUAAGCAAUCGCAUCGACCCGUGUGUGCCUUCACCAUGCGGACCCAACUCGCAGUGUAGGGUGUCGGCGGCUAAUGAGCAGCCCGUCUGCUCAUGCUUGCAACAUUAUGUGGGUAGGGCGCCAAAUUGUCGGCCCGAGUGUACCUCGAACUCCGAGUGUGCUGGCAACUUAGCCUGCAUCAAUCUACGCUGCCAGGACCCCUGCGUGGGCACCUGUGGCAUUCAAACAACCUGCCUUGUAAAUAAUCAUAGACCAAUUUGCCGUUGCCUCGAUGGCUACAUCGGCGAUCCAUUCUCUGAGUGUAGUCCACAAAUUAUUGUACCACCCGAAAUUGCCGAGCCCUGUAAUCCCAGUCCUUGUGGUGUCAAUGCUCUUUGUAAAGAACGGAACGGCGUCGGCUCCUGCACCUGCCUACCUGAAUAUAGUGGCGAUCCAUACACAGAGUGCCGCCCGGAGUGUGUGCUCAACAGCGACUGUUCUAAAAAUCGUGCCUGCCUUAACAACAAGUGCCGAGAUCCCUGUCCAGGCGUAUGCGGCAUUGCCGCCGAGUGUCACGUCAUCAAUCACUCGCCCAGCUGUAGUUGUCCAUCCGGUUAUACGGGCAAUCCGUCACAGUACUGCCGUGAAAUACCCAAAUUGGCGCCACCUGUGCAACCAUGUCAACCAUCACCAUGCGGUCCCUAUAGCCAGUGCCGCGAGGUGAAUGGACAUGCAGUCUGCUCGUGCAUUACUAACUAUAUUGGUGCGCCGCCUGCCUGUCGUCCCGAGUGCUCGGUUAGCUCUGAGUGCUCGCAAGAUAAGGCGUGCAUCAAUCUGCGCUGUGUAGACCCAUGUCCAGGCACUUGCGGUAAUGAAGCCGUUUGUAAGGUGACCAAUCACAAUCCCAUUUGCUCCUGCCCAGCUGGCUAUAGUGGCGAUCCGUUUGUGCGUUGCGCACCCUGGCAGCAAGAGCCCGAAGCUCCCAAAUCCAAUGAGAAUCCUUGCGUACCAAGUCCCUGCGGUCCAAACUCGCAAUGUCGCGUGGUUGGCGAAACUGGCGUAUGUUCAUGCCUGCCCAACUAUAUUGGACGUGCACCAAAUUGUCGCCCGGAAUGCACACAAAACUCGGAAUGCCCCAGUAAUCUGGCUUGUAUCAACGAGCGUUGCAAGGAUCCAUGUCCCGGCUCGUGCGGCUUUAAUGCUUUUUGCAACGUGGUCAAUCACUCACCCGUUUGCACCUGCGAAAGCGGCUACUCUGGCGAUCCAUUUGCUGGCUGCAAUCCGCAACCUAUUGCCACGCCUGAAGAACGUCUAACACCCUGCUCACCUUCGCCUUGCGGUCCGAAUGCCGAGUGUCGGGAACGUAAUGGGGCUGGCUCCUGUACGUGCCUACCAGAAUAUUUUGGUGAUCCGUAUAGCGGCUGCCGUCCAGAGUGCGUGGUAAACAGCGACUGCUCACGUGAAAGAUCUUGCAUCAAUCAGAAAUGCGUGGACCCUUGUCCGGGUGUUUGUGGCUUAAACGCAGAGUGUCGCGUGUCUAAUCACUUGCCCAGCUGUCUCUGCUUAGCUGGUUAUACUGGAAACCCAUCGAGUGCAUGUCGCGAAAUACCACAACUACCUGAACCACCUAUAAUCAAUGAAAAUCCCUGCGUGCCUUCACCCUGCGGUCCGUACAGUCAAUGUCGCGAAAUAAACAACCAUGCCGUCUGCUCCUGUCAGCCCGGUAUGAUUGGCUCUGCGCCCAACUGUAGGCCCGAAUGCAUUGUUAGCUCGGAUUGCGCACAAGAUCUUAACUGUCAGAAUCAGAAGUGCGUUGAUCCAUGCCCAGGCACUUGCGGCAUUGAAGCGCGUUGCCAGGUUAUUAACCACUAUCCUGCAUGUUCCUGUGCCCCAGGUUAUACUGGAGACCCCUUCAAUCGAUGCACUCGCGUUCUACUGGAACCAGCACCCAAAGAAUCUGGUAAUCCCUGUGUGCCCUCACCCUGCGGACCAAACUCCAAAUGCGUCGAUGUGCGCGGUUCACCUGCAUGCUCCUGCCUACCCGACUAUCUCGGACGGCCUCCCAACUGCCGACCCGAGUGCAUGUCUAGUCCCGAUUGUCCAGCCAACUUGGCCUGUGUUAAUCAGCGCUGUGCUAGCCCAUGUAUCGGUGCAUGCGGGAUACACUCACAAUGUACCGUUAUCAAGCAUAAUCCGAACUGCCAAUGCGAGCCUGGUUACACCGGAGAUCCCUUCUCAGGCUGUGCUGUUAUACAACAAAUCACGCCAACGGAAGCUCCUCGUAAUCCAUGUAAUCCAAGCCCAUGCGGUGCCAAUGCUAUCUGUCGUGAACGCAACGGCGCCGGCUCUUGCGCAUGCUUGCCUGAGUACUUUGGUGAUCCGUACAGUGGUUGUCGACCGGAAUGUGUACAAAAUGCCGAUUGCGAUCGUUCACGUGCCUGCAUCAACAACAAAUGCCAGGAUCCCUGUCCCGGUGCCUGUGGCAUCAAUGCUGAAUGUCGCGUAUUAAACCAUGCACCCAAUUGCAUGUGCUUCGAUGGUUACACAGGCGAUCCACACCGUUCGUGCGCACUUACUGAAGUCGUAACCCGGCGUCCGGAGAAUCCUUGCCAGCCCUCACCAUGUGGACCCAAUAGUCAGUGUCAUGAAACUAACAGCCAUGCGGUAUGCAACUGUCUGGAAGGUUACAUUGGAGCACCACCCAGCUGUAAGCCCGAAUGUGUGGCCAGCUCGGAGUGCGCACAAAAUCGUGCCUGUAUCAAUCAGAAAUGCGCCGAUCCCUGUCGUGGUGCUUGCGGAGAUAAUGCCAAGUGCCAAGUGGUUAACCACAAUCCCAUCUGCAGCUGCGUGCCAGGCAUGACCGGUGACCCAAUCUCGGGCUGUGUAACAGAUGUGGGCAAAAGUACCGAGAAUCCGUGUGUACCCUCACCUUGUGGUCCGAACUCAAUUUGCCGUGAGAUUGGACAGCAGGCAGCCUGCUCCUGCCAGGCUAACUAUAUUGGACGUCCGCCCAGCUGUCGACCAGAGUGCACCAACAACGAUGAAUGUCAAAAUCAUCUGUCUUGCCAACAGGAACGCUGCAUUGAUCCUUGUCCCGGCUCAUGCGGCAACAACGCCGUCUGUCAGGUUGUCCAACACAAUGCGGUUUGCUCCUGCGCCGAUGGCUACGAGGGUGAUCCUCUUUUCGGUUGUCAGCUCAUGGCGCCAGUACUGCCUACUCAACCGCCCACAUCACCCUGCGAGCCCUCGCCCUGUGGUCCACACGCAGAGUGCCGAGAACACAAUGGUGCCGGCGCCUGCUACUGUCACGAUGGCUUCGAGGGCAAUCCCUACGAUGCUCAGCGAGGGUGCCGUCGCGAAUGCGAAACCAACGAUGACUGUAGUCUAGCACUGGCGUGCGUGCGCUUUAAGUGCAUUGAUCCGUGCGCUAACAUGUGCGGAGAGUAUGCCAUAUGUACCGUAGAUAACCAUGUGCCCACCUGCAAUUGCCCGGCGGGCUAUAGCGGUGAUCCGUUCUUUAGCUGUCGACCGAUACCGGUUACACCUCCGCCACCAGUAAAUCCCUGCGUGCCAUCGCCUUGCGGACCGAACAGCAAUUGCCGCAGUAUCAACAACCAAGCGGUCUGCUCUUGCCAGUCAGGCUUUAUCAGCCAACCACCAAACUGCCGACCCGAGUGCGUUGUCAGCGCAGAAUGCGCCUCAGAGCGUGCCUGUGUGAACAAUAAGUGCGUAGAUCCCUGCCUCCACACAUGCGGAAUACGUGCCAUCUGCAGCACCAAAAACCACAGCCCUAUUUGCACAUGUCCACGCGGUAUGACUGGUGAUCCCUUCGUGCAAUGUUCCAAGAUACCGAUUACGCACGAUGUGACCACACCUGAACCGCCUAAACCUUCCUGUGUGCCGUCACCUUGCGGCCCUAACUCUAAGUGCCAAAUUGCUGGCGGUAGUCCGGCCUGCUCUUGCCUGCCAGACUUUAUUGGCGCUCCACCGCGUUGUCGACCUGAGUGUGUGCUGAACUCGGAAUGUGGAUCCACUGAGGCGUGCAUCAAUCAGAAGUGUCGCGACCCUUGCCCCGGCUCCUGUGGAUUUGAGGCCAAAUGUCAUGUACUUAACCAUCUGCCAAUUUGCAACUGCAUAGACGGCUUCACUGGUGAUCCGUUUGUACGCUGCAGUAAGCUGCCAGAGGUAAAGGUUGUACCGCGACCCGAUGAUCCAUGCAGUCCCAACCCCUGCGGACCGAAUGCCGACUGCUUCGGCGGUGAGUGUCGCUGUCAGAACAACUAUCAAGGUAAUCCCUACGAGGGUUGUCGCCCCGAAUGCACAUUGUCUGCGGAUUGUUCCCGGGAUAAGGCUUGCAUGCGCAACAAAUGCACGGAUCCCUGCCCAGGAACCUGCGGCAAUAAUGCUGUCUGCGAGGUUAUGAAUCACAUACCCGUCUGCUCCUGCCAACAAGGCUAUGAGGGUGAUCCGUUCACCAACUGCCGUCCAAAAACGAUUGAAACUACGCCUGAGAUCAAGGCCUGCUCGCCCUCACCCUGUGGUGCUAAUAGUCAGUGUCGCGAUGUUAAUGGACAUGCGGUCUGCUCAUGCCUGGAAGGCUUCAUUGGAGCACCACCUCAAUGCCGACCUGAAUGCGUCGUGUCUAGCGAGUGCUCAGCAGUGCAAGCGUGUGUCAACCGGAAGUGCGUGGAUCCCUGCGCUGGAGCAUGUGGCAUUGAAGCACGCUGUGAGGUUAUCAAUCACAGUCCCAUAUGUGGCUGUCCACCGGGCACAACUGGUGAUCCGUUCAAGGGCUGCACUGAAAUACCCACGCCAAAGGACGUAGAUCAAGAGCAACCUCCAAGCGAUCCAUGCGUGCCAUCCCCCUGCGGACCCAACUCAAUAUGUAAAGCCGAUGAUAAGGGACCUGUUUGCCAAUGUCUGCCCGAGUAUUUUGGAUCGCCCCCCAACUGCCGUGUAGAAUGCAUCAUCAAUCCAGAUUGCCCCUCCACACAGGCCUGCAUAAACAACAAGUGUCGCGAUCCCUGUCCAGGCUCCUGUGGCACUAAUUCCGAGUGCCGCGUUAUCAGCCACUCCGUUUCCUGCUCAUGCCCGCCUGGCUAUGCCGGCAAUGCUUUUGUACAGUGCGUGUUGCAGCGUGAGGAGCAGCCCAAGCCAUGUGAGCCUUCACCAUGUGGUGCCAAUGCCGAAUGCAUCGAGCGCAAUGGCGCCGCAGCCUGCAAGUGUAUUGACGAGUAUCAGGGCAAUCCCUAUGAUGGCUGUCGUCCAGAGUGCGUGCUUAGCUCAGACUGUCCCACGGAUAAGGCUUGCAUAAGGAAUAAAUGUCAAGAUCCCUGCCCCGGCAUUUGCGGUUCAAAUGCUCAAUGCUAUGCGCUCAACCAUGUGCCAAAUUGCGUUUGCAACGAUGGAUACACUGGCGAUCCGUUCUCCAAUUGUCGACGCGUCGAACCAACGAUACCAGCACCAGUCGGUGACCCGUGCAGCCCUUCGCCAUGCGGCCCUAACAGCAAGUGCCGUUUGUCCAAUGGCUUAGCCGUAUGUUCCUGUUUGGAGACAUUCAUUGGCGCACCGCCCAAUUGUAAACCGGAGUGUACAGUAAAUGCCGAGUGUCCACAGAAUAAGGCGUGCCAUAAGUUCCGCUGCGCCAAUCCGUGCGCCGGCACUUGCGGCACCAAUGCCAAGUGUGAGGUGAUCAACCACAAUCCCAUCUGCAGUUGUCCGCAAGACAUGACUGGUGAUCCGUUCGCUCGAUGUUAUCCAGCACCCGAAGUUGCCGAGCCCAAGGACACCCCCAAGGAAAAGAAUCCAUGCCAGCCUUCACCCUGUGGCCUCUAUUCGGAGUGCCGUGUGCGCGGCGACCAGGCAUCCUGCUCCUGUCUACCAAACUACAUUGGAGCACCUCCAAACUGCCGCCCAGAGUGCAUUGUGAACACAGAUUGCGCCUCAGACCGUGCCUGCAUUGCAGAAAAGUGCCGCAAUCCCUGUGAAGGCUCCUGCGGCAUUAACUCCGAGUGCCGGAUACAAAAUCAUCUGGCUAUAUGCACGUGCCGCGGUGGCUUUACUGGCGAUCCGUUUGUGCAAUGUGUUGAGAUUGUUGAAAAAACAACGGAACCACAAAUUACAUCACAGGAUCCAUGUGACCUGCAGCUAUGCGGUGCCAACGCCGAAUGCCGCAACGGAAUUUGCAACUGCCUGCCUGAAUACCAGGGUGAUCCCUAUAGCGGCUGUCGUCCAGAAUGCACACUCAGCACCGAUUGCUCACCAAACAAAGCUUGCCUGAACAAGAAAUGCGUCGAUCCAUGCCCCGGCACCUGUGGCCAGAACUCACAAUGUGAUGUCUCAAAUCACAUACCUAUAUGUAGCUGUUUGCAAGGGUACACGGGCGAUCCAUUUGUCCACUGUCGCCAAGAGACCCCUGUGGCCAAGGAUCCAUGCCAACCAAAUCCGUGUGGACCUAAUAGCUUAUGCCAUGUCUCCGCCCAGGGUGCUGUCUGUGCCUGCCAGCCAGGCAUGUUGGGCUCACCACCAGCGUGCAAGCCCGAGUGCAUUGUUAGCUCAGAGUGUUCGCUGCAAACAGCUUGCAUACAGAAGAAGUGCGUUGAUCCCUGUCCAGGAGCUUGCGGUCAGUUUGCGCGCUGUCAAGUGAUUAAUCAUAAUCCAUCUUGCUCUUGCAAUACGGGCUAUACCGGUGAUCCAUUCACUCGCUGCUACCAGGAAGAACGCAAGCCCACGCCAGUGGGUCCAAGCAAUCCUUGCGUACCAUCACCAUGUGGACCGAAUUCGGAGUGCAAAGAGCUGAAUGGAAAUCCAGCUUGCUCGUGCGCAGCUACAUUUAUUGGCACUCCGCCCAACUGCCGACCCGAGUGCACCAUCAACCCAGAAUGUUCACCCACUAAAGCAUGUAUACGGCAGAAGUGUGCCGACCCUUGUGUGGGCGCCUGCGGAUUUAAUGCCCGCUGCAACGUGGCCAAUCAUCAACCCAUUUGCACAUGCGAUGUGGGCUACACUGGAGAUCCUUUCACGGGCUGCCAACCGGAACAAGAACGGAUAGUAAAUGAACAGGUCACACCCUGCGAGCCAAAUCCUUGUGGAUCGAACGCCGUCUGUCGUGAGCGCAAUGGUAUUGGCUCUUGUCAGUGCCUUCCCGAUUACUUUGGCGAUCCCUAUCAGUCGUGUCGACCUGAAUGCGUACGUAAUUCCGACUGUCCAUCGAAUAAGGCGUGUCAACAGCAGCAGUGUCGCGAUCCCUGCCCUGGCACCUGUGGCACAAAUGCCGACUGCCGGGUAACGAACCACCUUCCAACGUGCACAUGUCGCAGCGGUUACACUGGUGAUCCGUAUCGUUACUGCCAUGUGGAACCAGUUCAACCUAUACGUCUCGCCGAACCCACUCAACCCUGUCGUCCCUCACCAUGUGGUCCCAAUUCCCAAUGCCGCGAGCUAAAUGGCCAAGCGGUUUGCUCCUGUCUCGAGCUUUACAUCGGUUUACCACCGAGCUGUCGACCCGAGUGUGUGCUGAGCACUGAGUGCCCCACCGAAAAAGCAUGCGUGAAUCAACGCUGUCAGGAUCCUUGUCCGGGCACAUGCGGCAUCAAUGCCGAGUGCCGCGUUCAUAAUCACAGUCCGCUUUGUCUGUGUCGUCGCGGUUUUACGGGCGAUCCUUUUACUCGUUGUUAUACGCUGCCACCACCCACCCCGGCCAUUGACCGUGUUGAACGUGAUCCUUGUGUGCCGACGCCCUGUGGCCUUAAUAGCCAGUGCCGCAAUGUACAAGGCGUUCCAUCCUGCACAUGUCUACUAGGAUACAUAGGCACACCGCCAAACUGCCGACCAGAGUGUACUAUUAGUGCAGAGUGCGCCUCGAACAUGGCGUGUAUACGCGAAAAGUGUAUAGAUCCCUGCCCUGGGUCUUGCGGCUUUGGAGCGGAAUGCAGUGUCAUCAGUCACACACCGAUAUGUACUUGUCCUUUAGGCUAUACAGGUGAUCCGUUUAGCAGUUGUCGUCUGGCACCACCAGAGCCCGUGCUAAACGAAUAUGUUGACCGUUGUCAACCUUCGCCGUGUGGUCCAAAUGCCCAUUGCAAUGACGGUAUCUGUAAUUGUUUGCCCGAGUUCCAUGGUGAUCCCUAUACCGGUUGCCGUCCGGAAUGUGUGCUUAACUCUGAAUGUCCGCGUGACAAGGCCUGUCUGCGCAACAAAUGCUCUAAUCCAUGCCCGGGCACUUGUGGCGAGAAUGCCAUUUGCGAUGUCAUUAAUCACAUACCCAUGUGCAGGUGCCCUGAUGGUACCGCUGGCAGCGCCUUUAUACGAUGCACGCCCGUUCCGAAAAAUGUUAUCACCACCAAUCCUUGCCAGCCGUCGCCCUGUGGUCCAAACUCUCAGUGCCGCGAAGUCAACCAGCAAGCUGUGUGCUCCUGUUUGCCAAGCUACAUUGGUGCACCGCCCACCUGUAGGCCCGAAUGUACCUCUAAUGCCGAAUGUGCGCCUACCCAAGCGUGUCUCAAUCAGCAUUGUGGAGACCCAUGUCCUGGUACUUGCGGGGUGGGCGCCAACUGUGAUGUUGUCAAUCACAGUCCCUUCUGCACCUGUCCGACCCGCUUCACCGGCAAUCCCUUCAUACGUUGUCAACCCCAAAUUGAACCUGUACGUGACAUUCAGCCAACUGAUCCAUGCCAGCCAUCGCCCUGUGGCCCCUACGCUCAAUGUCGUACCAUUGGCGAUGCGCCCGCUUGUUCCUGUCUCGAAACCUAUAUAGGACGUCCACCGAACUGCCGACCAGAAUGUGUCACCAGCUCAGACUGCAGCAGUCAACUGGCCUGUAUCAACCAGAAGUGUGCUGAUCCUUGUCCAGGGCGCUGUGGCUUGAAUGCUGACUGUCGCGUAGUCAGCCAUGUGGUGCAAUGCAUCUGCCAGCAAGGUUUCAUUGGCGAUCCCUUCGUGCAGUGCAGCUCAGAAAUUGAACGCGAAAUCGAAGUGCGUACACCCUGCAGCCCCAGUCCCUGUGGAGCAAAUGCCAUUUGUCGCGAGCGUGACGGAGCUGGAUCUUGCCAAUGUCUGCCGGAAUACUUUGGAAAUCCCUACGAUGGUUGUCGACCCGAGUGUAUGCUAGACUCUGAUUGCGCAUCGAAUCGUGCCUGCUUGCAGCAAAAGUGUCAGGAUCCUUGCCCCGGUACCUGUGGGCAAAACGCCGCUUGUCAGGUUAUUAACCAUCUGCCAUCCUGCAAUUGUCUACCCGGCUACAUAGGCGAUCCGUAUCAACUUUGUACACGUCCUGUCGAACCUGUACGUAACGAAUACUCGAAUCCGUGUGAGCCCACGCCGUGUGGUCCUAACUCACAAUGUCGCGUUACAAAUGAGCAGGCCGUCUGCUCGUGUCUGCCCCAGUUCAUUGGCGCCCCACCUGCCUGCCGACCCGAGUGCACAAUCUCAUCGGAAUGCACUGUGGACAAGGCCUGUCUGAAUCAGAAAUGUGUCAAUCCCUGCGUGGCCAACACCUGCGGCAGCAAUGCGAUGUGCCGAGUACGCAACCACAGUCCUAUCUGCACUUGUGUCAGUGGCUUCACUGGCGAUGCCUUUACAAAAUGCUUCCCAAUUCCACCGCCGCCAAUUGAAGUGCAACGUGAACCGUUGCGUGAUCCCUGCGUGCCCACACCCUGCGGCCCGCACUCUGAGUGCCGCAAUAUUAAUGGAGUUCCAGCGUGUUCCUGCCUAGCAACGUUUAUUGGUCAGGCACCCAAUUGUCGUCCUGAAUGUAUCAUUAAUUCGGAAUGUCCCAGCCAGCAGGCAUGCAUUAAUCAGAAAUGUCGCGAUCCCUGUCCAGGUGCAUGUGGCUUAAAUGCCAUUUGUAGCGUAAUAAACCAUACGCCGCUCUGUGCCUGCAGCGAGGGUUACAUUGGUAAUCCAUUCACUGCCUGCAAUCUUAGGCCACCAGAACCAACUUUGCCACCUAUAAGGGACGAUCCAUGCAACCCAUCACCGUGUGGUGCUAAUACCCAAUGCAACGGUGGUAUAUGCACAUGCAUAGCCGAAUACCAAGGUGAUCCGAAUGUCGGCUGUCGCCCGGAAUGUGUUCUCAAUACAGACUGUCCACAUAAUCGUGCUUGCAUACGAAAUAAGUGCAUCGAUCCCUGCCCUGGUACCUGUGGGAUAAAUGCGAUUUGCGAGGUCAACAACCAUGUGCCUAUUUGUCGCUGUCCAGAUCAAAUGUCAGGCAAUGCAUUCUUUGAAUGCCGCCCUGUACCAUCACCAGCGCCACAGAAUCCCUGCCAACCUUCACCAUGUGGACCCAACAGCCAGUGCCGUGUGGUGCAACAGACCGCAGUCUGCUCUUGCUUGGUGGACUAUGUCGGCAGUCCGCCACAAUGUCGACCAGAAUGUGUUACCAACUCGGAUUGCGCGGCCAAUCAAGCUUGCCAAAACAUGAAGUGUCGUGAUCCCUGUCCCGGCACCUGCGGCUUUAAUGCUCUAUGCAAUAUAGUAAAUCACAGCCCCUUCUGCAGUUGCCCCACGGGUAUGUCGGGCAAUCCUUUUGUGCGAUGUGAACAGAUUAUAGUUCCGCAACGUGAUGUUACGCCACAAAAUCCGUGUCAACCGUCACCCUGUGGCCCCAACUCUGAGUGCCGUGUCUCAGGUGAUUCCCCAUCUUGUUCUUGCCUGCCCGAAUUUUCGGGUGCUCCACCAAAUUGCCGACCAGAAUGCAUAUCUAACUCGGAGUGCGCCACCAACCAGGCCUGCGUCAAUCAAAAAUGCGUAGACCCUUGUCCAGGACUUUGUGGUCUUAACGCGAAUUGUCGCGUUUUCAGCCAUACGGCCAUGUGCCUGUGUGUUAGCGGGUUCACUGGUGAUCCAUUUUCCCAGUGCAAUCCCAUUAUGGAAGCACCAGUCGAGCAGAUACAGCCCUGCAAUCCGAGUCCUUGCGGCGUCAAUGCAAAGUGUGAGGAACGUGGCGGUGCUGGCUCUUGUCAGUGUCUACCUGAACACUUUGGCAAUCCCUACGAGGGCUGCCGACCGGAGUGCGUGCUCAACUCAGACUGUCCAUCAAAUAGAGUUUGUCAGCAGCAAAAGUGCCGUGAUCCCUGCCCAGGCACAUGUGGCCAGAAUGCCGAGUGCCAAGUUAUUAACCACUUGGCCACCUGCAAUUGUCUAAACGGGUAUACUGGCGAUCCCUAUAGUUCCUGCCGUAUUGUAGAAAACGAACCACCCGAACCUGUCUAUGUGAAUCCCUGUCAACCAUCACCCUGCGGUCCCAAUUCGCGUUGCCGCGAAGUUAACACGCAAGCGGUCUGCUCCUGUCUAACGGAAUUUAUUGGCAGUCCACCCGCCUGUCGGCCUGAAUGCACUACUAGCUCCGAAUGCGCAGCUGAUAAGGCUUGUAUUAAUCGCAAAUGCGAUGACCCGUGCCCCAAUGUCUGUGGCCAACAGGCUGAGUGCCGUGUUCGAAACCACAGUCCCAUCUGCACCUGCCUAAAUGGAUUUACUGGCGAUGCCUUUACUCGUUGCUAUAAAAUCCCGCCUCCAUCAGUUGUGGCAAUUGAACGUGAGCCUCUUGAUCCUUGUGUCCCCUCACCUUGUGGUGCCAAUUCGCAAUGUCGUGACAUUUAUGGGACACCAUCGUGUUCCUGCCUGCCCAAUUAUCUGGGCACCCCACCUAGCUGCCGACCCGAGUGUUCCAUCAAUGCUGAAUGUCCGAGUCAUCAGGCGUGCAUCAAUCAAAAGUGUCGCGAUCCCUGCCCCGGCUCCUGCGGGCUUAACACACAGUGCAAUGUAAUCAACCACACUCCAAUUUGUAGUUGUUUAGUGGGUUAUACUGGUGAUCCAUUUAUUGUUUGCAAUCCAGAGCCGCCUCAAAAAAUUGAAACCCCGCCUGCACCUCAAGACCCAUGCAAUCCCUCGCCAUGUGGUGCUAAUGCUCAGUGCCAUAACGGUCAAUGCACCUGCAUAUAUGAAUACCACGGAGAUCCUUUCGUCGGCUGUCGUCCGGAAUGUGUUCUUCACACGGAUUGUGCCCACAAUCUCGCUUGUGUGCGUCAUAAGUGUGUUGAUCCUUGUCCUGGCACUUGUGCGUCUACUGCCAUUUGCGAAGUGCUCAACCACAUACCCAACUGCCGCUGUAAUGAUGGCAUGGAAGGCAAUGCUUUUGUAGCGUGCAACCCUGUGAAACAACUCGACGUCGUGCAGAAUCCAUGUCAGCCAUCGCCUUGUGGUCCAAAUUCUCAGUGUAGAGUGAUAAAUCAACAAGCCAUCUGCUCUUGCAUUACGCCUUUCAUCGGCAGUCCACCAUUCUGUCGACCCGAAUGCACAUCGAACUCGGAAUGCCCCUUGAAUUUGGCGUGUCUCAAUCAAAAGUGCAGUGAUCCAUGUCCUGGUGUCUGCGGCCGCAAUGCUCAAUGCCAUGUGACGAACCACAGUCCAUUCUGUCGUUGCCUGGAUCACUAUAAUGGCAAUCCGUUUGUUAGCUGUCAACCGAUCAUCGAGGCCCCAGCGCCGCCACCGCGGCAAGCCUGCCAACCUUCACCCUGUGGACCUUAUGCCGAAUGCCGCGAGAUAAACGAGACACCCUCAUGUACUUGCUUGCCCGACUAUAGCGGUACACCGCCCAACUGCCGUCCAGAGUGUGUGACUAGUUCAGAGUGUCCAGCGCAUCAGGCUUGCAUAAAACAGAAGUGUCGGGAUCCAUGUCCUGGCCUGUGUGGACAAGCAGCUGUGUGCCGCGUGCUAUCACAUACUCCGAGCUGUUUCUGUCCCGACCACCUGGAGGGUGAUCCCUUCGUGCAGUGUGUGGAGAAGAGAAUUCAGCAGUUGGAUCAGUUGGACCCAUGCAACCCUAGUCCUUGUGGAAUAAAUGCUCGUUGCACAUCACGACAGGAUGCUGGCUCAUGUCAGUGUCUUGAGGGAUUUUUCGGAAAUCCCUACGAAGGAUGCCGACCGGAAUGUGUGCUCGACUCCGAUUGUCCCUCCAACCUUGCCUGCCAACAACAGAAGUGUCAAGAUCCCUGCCCCGGUACCUGUGGCCCCAAUGCAGUAUGCAAUGUGCUCAACCAUGUGCCCAGCUGCAGCUGUUUAACUGGCUACAGCGGUGACCCAUAUCGUCUGUGUCAACAGGAUCGUCAACCCAUCAAGCAAUAUGUGAAUCCCUGCCAGCCCUCACCCUGCGGCCCCAACUCCCAGUGCCGGGAAAGCAAUGAGCAGGCUGUUUGCUCUUGCCUGCCCGAGUAUGUGGGUGCACCACCAGUCUGCCGACCCGAAUGCACCAUAUCAUCGGAGUGUGUGGUGGACAAGGCGUGUGUAGCCAAAAAGUGUGUAGAUCCCUGCCCAGGUACUUGCGGCGAGCAUGCCCUAUGUCGAGUGGUCAACCAUAGUCCUAUUUGUUCGUGUCGGAACGGUUAUACUGGCGAUGCCUUCUAUCGCUGCUUACCUAUACCUCCCGCGCCGCCUACAGCAAUUGUGCAGCAGCAACCGAUUGAUCCUUGUGUACCUUCACCUUGCGGUCCGUACUCCGAGUGCCGUCCACAUGGCGAGGCCCCAUCUUGCUCUUGCUUAAAUGGUUAUCUGGGCGUGCCACCCAACUGCCGUCCCGAGUGUCGUAUUAACUCAGACUGUCCCAGCAGUCAGGCCUGCAUAAAUGAAAAAUGUCGGGAUCCCUGCCCUGGUUCCUGCGGCUUUGGUGCCAUUUGCAAUGUCAUCAAUCACACACCCAGCUGCACAUGCCCAGCAGGUUAUACCGGCGAUCCAUUUAGCCAUUGUCAGCCGGAACCACCACCAAAACCUGUGGAAGCCGACGAUCCUUGCAAUCCAUCGCCGUGUGGUCCGAAUGCCAUAUGCAAUGCUGGCAUCUGUACCUGUCUACCUGAGUACCAAGGUGAUCCCUACAGCGGUUGUCGUCCCGAAUGUCUUACUAGCUUGGACUGCCCGCGAGAUCGCGCUUGCGCUCUGCACAAGUGUUUCGAUCCCUGCCCAGGCACAUGUGCACCCAACGCCUUGUGUACCGUGCUUAAUCACAUACCGAUGUGUACAUGCCCCGAAGGCUAUGCAGGCAACGCAUUCGUGCAGUGUCAGCCUAUACAACCAGCUGACGUUAUACAGCCCUGCCAGCCUUCGCCAUGCGGACCGAAUUCGCAAUGUCGAGAGGCCAAUAAACAGGCCGUCUGUUCCUGUGUGCCCGGCUAUGUAGGCACACCACCAUUAUGUCGUCCAGAAUGCACCAGCAACUCGGAGUGUUCCGCUCAGCUUGCCUGUGUGAAUCAAAAGUGUGUCGAUCCCUGCCCCGGCGCCUGUGGUCGCAGUGCGAAGUGUAGUGUAGUCAAUCACAAUCCGUUCUGCACCUGCUUUCCACACUAUACAGGCAACCCAUUUGUGGGCUGCCAGGUAAUUAUCGACCCACCACAGCGUGACAUUGUGUCCGAAGAUCCUUGUCGUCCAUCACCUUGUGGAGCCAACGCUGAGUGCCGCGCCAUUGGGGAGACGCCAUCCUGUUCGUGUCUUGCAGACUUUGUGGGGUCGCCACCUUACUGCAAACCGGAAUGUGUCGUGAAUUCCGAGUGUCCUAGCAAUCAUGCGUGUAUUAAUCAAAAGUGUCGCGAUCCUUGUCCCGGCCUUUGUGGCGCCAACGCUCUUUGCCGCGUUGUCUCACAUACAGCUAUGUGUGUUUGUGACGCUGGACUGACGGGGGAUCCAUUUACACAGUGUCAGCCAAUUGAAAAGGAUGCGGAGAUUAUUAAUCCUUGCCAACCAUCGCCAUGCGGGGCCAACGCCGAGUGCAUACAGCGCAAUGGUGCCGGAGCAUGUCAAUGCCUGACCGAUUUCUUCGGUAACCCCUAUGAGGGUUGCCGACCAGAGUGUAUUCUUAAUUCGGACUGCCCAUCGAAUCUUGCCUGUCAGCAGCAAAAGUGUCGCGAUCCUUGUCCAGGUAGCUGUGGACAGAAUGCCGAAUGCAAUGUCGUCAAUCAUACGCCGAUGUGCUCCUGCGUCGCGGGAUAUGUUGGAGAUCCAUAUCGCUACUGUAACCAGCCUGCAGCACCACUUGUUCAAGAGUAUGUUAAUCCAUGUCUGCCCUCGCCCUGUGGCUCGAAUGCCCAAUGUCGGGAGGUGCAGGGUCAAGCGGUCUGCUCCUGUCUUCCCGAAUUUAAGGGAGCGCCACCCAAUUGUCGACCUGAGUGUACCUCGAACGCUGAGUGCCAAGCCAACAGGGCAUGCAUUAAUCGCAAGUGCGUUGAUCCAUGUCCGGGUGUUUGCGGCCAUCAAGCGAUUUGUCAGGUGCACAAUCACAGUCCCGUUUGCAUGUGUCCUGCAGGCCUGAUGGGCGAUCCUUUCGUGCGCUGCCUACCCCGACCAACACCUCCACCACCGCCGCUUCGAGAUGUGGCGCCCUAUAGGGAUCCCUGCGAACCCUCACCUUGUGGCCUGUACGCUAUAUGUCGUAGUCAUCAUGAACAAGCUAUUUGUUCCUGCCAGACCAAUUAUUACGGCUCACCGCCGCAUUGUCGACCUGAGUGUACCAUCAAUGCUGAUUGCGCCAGUCAUCUGGCUUGCAUUGGCGAACGCUGUCUUGAUCCCUGCCCUGGAGCCUGCGGGCAGUUCACUGAGUGUCGUGUGAUCAAUCAUACGCCUAGCUGUGUUUGUCAACACGGCUACGUGGGGGAUGCCUUUGUGGCUUGCCAGCCUGCACCACCGCCACGAGUCUAUGAAGAACCCAGAGAUCCUUGCAAUCCCAGUCCCUGUGGCAGCAAUGCAGUCUGUUCGGGAGACGGCCAAUGCACGUGCAUUGCCGAAUAUCAGGGCGACCCCUACAUCGCUUGUCGUCCAGAAUGCGUCCUCAGCUCUGAAUGCCCUCGAAAUCGAGCUUGUGUACAGCAAAAAUGUGUUGAUCCCUGCCCGGGCACAUGUGGCGCCGGAGCCACUUGCGAGGUUUUCAAUCACAUUGCCAUGUGCCACUGUCCGGUGGGCAUGACUGGCAAUGCAUUUAUUCAAUGCAGUCCCGUACAAAUGGCCGUCUAUCAGAAUCCCUGCCAACCAUCGCCCUGUGGUGCAAACGCUGAAUGCCGCGAACGGCAAGGUCAGGCCAUCUGCAGCUGUCUACAAAAUUAUUAUGGCGUACCACCGUUUUGUCGACCCGAGUGCACCACCAAUUAUGACUGUGCCCCCAGUCGUGCUUGCCAGAAUCAACAUUGCGUUGAUCCCUGUCCAGGCGCCUGUGGGGCAUACGCCGAAUGCAGGGUGGUCAGUCACAGUCCCUUCUGUAUCUGUCAGCCUGGCUAUACGGGUAAUCCGUUUGUGCAGUGCCAUAUAAUUAUCGAACCACUGCGGGAUAUUGUGACCCGGAAUCCAUGCCAACCGUCCCCUUGCGGUCCUAACAGUGAGUGCCACCGUAAUGGGGAUAUACCAUCCUGUUCGUGUCUUGAGACCUUCUUUGGAACUCCACCAAACUGCCGACCCGAGUGCUUGUCCAACUCUGAUUGCGCUUCAUCCCGGAUUUGCAGAAACAAUCGUUGCAAGGAUCCUUGUCCAGGCCUUUGCGGUAUCGGUGCUGUAUGCCAUGUGCUUAGUCACAGCGCCAUGUGCUACUGUCAGCAAGGCUAUAGCGGUGAUCCUUUCGUCCUCUGCUUACCAAUUCAACAUGAGCCACCUGAGAUAAUACAGCCUUGCAAUCCCAAUCCCUGCGGCACUUUUGCCGAGUGCCAUCAACGAAAUGGCAUUGGAUCCUGCCAAUGCCUACCCGAGUACUAUGGCAAUCCCUAUGAAGGCUGUCGCCCCGAAUGUGUGCUUGAUUCAGACUGUCCAUCUAAUAGAGCCUGUGUUAAUCAGAAGUGCCGCGAUCCUUGCCCUGGCAGCUGUGGCCACAACGCCGAGUGUUAUGUGAGAAAUCAUUUGCCAACUUGCAAUUGCCUUAACGGCUAUGUGGGUGACCCCUAUCGCUACUGCAGCCUUGAAGAGAAACCCGUUCGCGAGUAUGUUAAUCCCUGCCAUCCAUCACCCUGCGGUCCUAAUAGUCAGUGCAAAGAGCUUAAUGAACAGGCUGUUUGCUCAUGCUUGCCCGAGUACGUGGGCACUCCUCCUGGUUGUCGUCCUGAGUGUACGCUGUCAUCAGAAUGUAACUUUGACAGGGCCUGUGUGCAGCACAAGUGCAUUGAUCCUUGUCCUGGCGCUUGCGGCAGCAAUGCGCUAUGUCAUGCCACAAAUCAUGCUCCGCUGUGCGCUUGCCAGUCAGGAUAUACCGGAGAUCCAUUCACGCGAUGCUAUCCUGCACCUCCACCACCCACCCAGCUGCUAUAUGAACCUGUACGUGAUCCCUGUCAGCCGUCUCCAUGUGGAGCUAAUGCUCAAUGUCGCCAGUUAAAUGGUCAGGCCAUAUGUAGCUGCCUGUCUGGUUAUUUUGGGGUACCGCCGAGUUGCCGACCCGAAUGCACACAGAGUGCCGAGUGUCUACCCAGCCUGGCAUGCAUAAACCAGCGCUGCGUUGAUCCUUGCUCUGGUUCCUGUGCCUACAAUGCGAUCUGCACUGUGCGCAACCACGUGCCCAGCUGUCAAUGUCCCGUCAGUUAUGUAGGGGAUCCAUUUACAUCCUGCCAUCCUGAACCACCCAAGCCCAUUGUAGCCGACGAUCCCUGCAAUCCCUCACCCUGUGGAUCCAAUGCCCAGUGUCAAAAUGGUGUUUGCACGUGUAUAGCCGAAUACCAAGGUGACCCAUAUGUGGGCUGCCGUCCAGAAUGCGUGCUUAACACCGACUGCCCUCGUGAUCGUGCGUGUAUCCGCAAUAAGUGCACCAAUCCCUGUCCAGGAACCUGUGCUCCUAACGCCAUAUGUGAUGUACUUAAUCACAUUGCCAUGUGCCGCUGUCCAACAGGCAUGAUAGGCAAUGCAUUCAUUCAGUGUGAAACACCGCCGAAGCAGUCCCUGCCACCUACAAAUCCUUGUGCACCUUCACCAUGUGGUCCCAACAGUCGCUGUCGUGAGCUGAAUGGUAACGCCGUUUGCUCCUGCAUUGAAGAUUAUGUGGGUAGCCCACCCAGCUGUCGUCCGGAAUGUACUCGCAACUCGGAUUGCCUCCCUAGUCUGGCGUGCCAGCAGCAAAAAUGCAUCGAUCCCUGUCCAGGCACCUGUGGAUACAAUGCACUUUGCCAUGUGGUCAACCAUGCACCUAUAUGCAGUUGUCCAUCACGACACAUUGGCAAUCCCUUCCUUGGCUGUUUGCCUACCCCACCGCAGAGAGAUGUCAUUCCUGUAAAGCACGCUUGUCAACCCUCGCCAUGUGGACCCUACGCCGAAUGUCGAGCUGUGGGUGACCAAGCUCAAUGCAGCUGUCUAACCAAUUACAUUGGAACACCGCCCAAUUGUCGACCGGAAUGCGUCACCAACUCGGAGUGCAGCUUUGAUAAAGCGUGUGUUAAUCAAAAAUGUGUGGAUCCCUGCGCGGGUGCUUGUGCUGUCAAUGCCGUUUGUCAUGUACUUAGCCAUGUGGCCAUGUGCUAUUGUGCUCCUGGGUAUACAGGCGAUCCUUUCACCAACUGCCACCAAGCGCCUAUUAAUCAAAAAGAGGAAAAUAUGCAGCCCUGUUAUCCAAAUCCAUGUGGUGCGAAUGCGCAAUGCCGUCAGGAGGGCAAUGCAGGCACCUGUCAAUGCCUACCCGACUACUAUGGCAAUCCUUAUGAAGCUUGUCGACCUGAGUGCGUCUCCAAUAGCGACUGUCCGUCAGACAAAUCCUGUCAGCAGUUGAAAUGUCACGAUCCUUGCCCGGGUGUGUGCGGUCUAAAUGCUGCUUGUCGCGUUCUUAACCACCUACCCACAUGCCAUUGUCUAAACUCAUUCGUUGGUGAUCCCUAUCGAUACUGUCAGCUGCCCGAGAAACCAAUUGUGAAAGAGUAUGUAAAUCCCUGUCAGCCCUCACCCUGUGGCCCCAACUCCCAGUGCCGCGAGAAGAACGACCAGGCUGUCUGCUCCUGUUUGCCGGAGUAUGUGGGCACACCGCCCAACUGUCGACCUGAAUGUGUGACCAGUGGCGAGUGUGUUUCAGAUAAGGCCUGCAUUAAUCAAAAGUGUCGAGAUCCAUGUCCUGGCGUCUGUGGCACCAAUGCCGACUGUCGUGUUUACCACCAUGCGCCCAUUUGCAGCUGCCGUCCAAACUUCCAGGGGGAUGCUUUCACGCGCUGCUACCCUGCACCACCCCCAUCUAUUGUCCAGUUGAAUACAUAUACGAAUCCUUGUGUUCCAUCGCCGUGUGGUCAAUAUGCUGAGUGUCACGAUACUCAUGGCACUGCUAUUUGCAGUUGCUUACCCAACUAUUUUGGCAGCCCACCUAACUGUCGACCCGAGUGUAGUAUCAAUGCCGACUGCCCAGCUCACCUGGCCUGUCAAAACCAGCGCUGCCGUGAUCCUUGUCCAGGCGCCUGCGGCUUUAAUGCUCAGUGCCUGGUCAUAAAUCAUAUCCCCGUUUGUCAGUGUGUACCCGGAUUAACUGGCAAUCCGUUUGCGUCGUGUCAAGCACCAACAGCACCACGACCACCUGUACUGAAUGACGAUCCAUGCCUCCAUGUAAGGUGUGGUCCCAAUACUGUUUGUAGCCAGGGACAGUGCAGCUGUCUAGCCGAAUUCCAUGGGAACCCAUCGGUUGGCUGUCGUCCGGAAUGCAUAUUGAGCACGGAGUGUGCCCAGAAUCUCGCCUGCGUGCGCCAAAAAUGCAUUGAUCCCUGCCCAGGCACAUGCGGCUCGAACGCAAUAUGUGAGGUACACAACCAUGUGGCCUUGUGCCACUGCCCAGCUGAAAUGACGGGCAAUGCUUUUGUACAAUGCUUGCCAUUGCCUCCGCCACCUCCACGUGUUGUUUCCGAUCCCUGUCAACCAUCACCUUGCGGACCCAAUGCACAGUGUCGCAGCAUCAAUGGACAAGCUGUCUGCUCCUGCCUGCCACAAUUUGUGGGUGUGCCACCAUCAUGUCGUCCGGAAUGUAUUAGCAAUGCAGAGUGUCCACUACACUUGGCUUGUCUGCAGCAGCGUUGCAACGAUCCUUGUCCGGGUGCCUGCGGUCAGAACGCUGAGUGCCGAGUACUUAAUCACAGCCCGAACUGUCGUUGCAUUAGCUCCUUCACGGGGAAUCCCUUCAUUGUAUGCCAUCCACAGCCGCCACCACCUAUAACACACGAUGUGCUUGAUCCCUGCAAGCCAUCGCCUUGUGGACCGAAUUCUGAAUGCCGCAACGUUGGAAACAAUGCCCAAUGCAACUGCCUUGUUGGGUUCAUGGGAAUACCGCCCAACUGUCGACCUGAAUGCGUUAGCAACGCUGACUGCCCUACAAAUCUGGCAUGCUUUAACCAAAAAUGCCAUAAUCCUUGUCCGGGCGUGUGUGGCAACAACGCCGAAUGCUACGUCAUCAACCAUACCCCCAUGUGCGUUUGCUUCAGCGGGUACAGUGGCAAUCCCUUCAUCAAUUGCGCUGUGCAGCGUGAUGUUAUUGAAUCACUUACGCCCUGUGUACCAAGUCCUUGUGGCUCAAAUGCGAUCUGUAGCGAAUUGAAUGGCGCUGGCGCCUGUGAGUGCCUGCCUGAAUUCUUUGGCAAUCCCUACGACGGCUGCCGACCAGAAUGUAUUUUGAAUUCAGAUUGCCCAAGCAAUUUGGCCUGUGUCAAUCAACACUGCCGCGAUCCAUGCGCGGGUAUCUGCGGUCCCAAUGCCAUAUGCCAUGUGCGCCAUCAUCUGCCGCAUUGCAAUUGCCUCAAUGGCUAUGAGGGUAAUCCCUAUAGCUACUGCAAUGUCAUACCCGAACCCCUGCAUGAACCUGCUCCGAUGCAUCCCUGCCAGCCCUCACCCUGCGGAUCUAACUCCCAAUGCCACGAAGCGAAUCAACAGGCGGUUUGCAGCUGCCUGCCAGACUUUAUAGGCACUCCACCAGCUUGUCGACCCGAAUGUACCAUCUCCAGCGAGUGCUCUCUUGACAAAGCCUGCAAAAAUCACCAUUGUGUUGAUCCCUGUCCAGGAGUCUGUGGCCGCAAUGCCGCGUGUCAUCCGAUUAAUCACAGUCCCCACUGCAGCUGUUUGCCAGGUUUUACGGGUGAUGCCUUCAGUGGUUGUCGAACAAUAACACACGUCAUCAGCUACGACUAUCCAAAGGAUACAAUCCAUGAUCCCUGUGUUCCGUCACCCUGCGGCACUUUUGGACAGUGUCAUGCUCAAAGUGGUCAAGCCGUGUGUCGCUGUCUGUCUGGUUACUAUGGUGCUCCGCCCAACUGUCAACCGGAGUGUGUAAUAAACUCCGAUUGCGCUUCUCACUUGGCCUGUAUAGGUGAAAAGUGUCGCGAUCCCUGUCCUGGUUCCUGUGGUAUUUUAGCACGAUGUAACGCCAUCAAUCAUACGCCCAUUUGCAGUUGUCCCGUGGGCUAUGGAGGGAAUCCCUUCGUUAAUUGCGCUCCAAUACCACCACCAAAUGACCCACCACCACGCGAUGCUUGCAAUCCCUCGCCAUGUGGCUCAAAUGCUAUUUGCAACAAUGGGCAAUGCACUUGUAUUGCUGAGUUCCAUGGCAAUCCCUACAUUGGCUGCCGACCCGAAUGUGUGCUUAACACGGAUUGCGCACGCGACAAGGCUUGCCAGCGCAGUAAAUGUGUUGAUCCCUGUCCGGGCGCAUGUGGCGUGGGCGCUAUUUGCGAGGUUCGCAACCAUGUGCCCAUGUGCCACUGUCCCCCGGGCACAUCCGGCAAUGCAUUUGUACAGUGUGCUUUAUUACAACCUGAUCCCAUCGUGCCCAUUAACCCAUGCCAUCCAACACCCUGUGGAAGCAAUGCUCAGUGCCUUGUGACAAAUGAUCAGGCAGUAUGUUCCUGCCUGGCCGGCUUCUUUGGCACACCACCGCUUUGUCGACCGGAAUGCAGCAUCAACUCAGACUGUGCGCCCCAUUUAGCCUGCCAGAAUCAGCACUGCCGCGAUCCCUGCCCUGGCGCCUGCGGCCAACAAUCGCUCUGUCAGGUUAUACGUCACACACCACAUUGCAGCUGCCCGCCUGGCUACACCGGAAAUGCAUAUGCGUUGUGCCAACUUCUACCACCGCCUCAAAUAUUGCAACGUGAUCCAGUCAAUCCCUGCCAGCCCUCACCGUGCGGUGCCAAUGCACAGUGCACUUCCACACCAGAUGGCAGCCAAGCGCAGUGCAAGUGCCUGGAAAACUACAUUGGAACUCCGCCAAACUGCCGGCCUGAAUGUAUUACUUCAUCAGAAUGCUCCAACCAAUUGGCCUGUAUUGGACAAAAGUGUCGCGAUCCUUGUCCUGGUGUGUGCGGCCAGGCCGCCAUCUGCCAGGUGAUCAGUCAUGUGCCAUCCUGCGUUUGCAUAGCUGAUUAUAUUGGAGAUCCAUUCACUAAGUGUUAUCCGCGCCCGAUACUCGAGCGGGAUCAAAUUAAUCCAUGUGCACCUAGUCCCUGCGGCGGCAAUGCCGUCUGCAGGCAACAAGGUAGAGUUGGCUCCUGCCAGUGCUUGCCCAACUACUAUGGCAAUCCUUAUGAAGGCUGCCGACCCGAAUGUGUCCUUAACUCCGAUUGCUCGAGCCAUUUGGCGUGCCUUAAUCAAUAUUGCCGUGAUCCCUGUCCUGGCAGCUGUGCACCCAACGCCCAAUGCCAAGUCGUCAACCAUGUUCCCAUAUGCAGCUGUUAUCCCGGCCACAUUGGCGAUCCCUAUCGCCAUUGCAGGCUGCACCAGUCAGAACCCAUUAAAGUGGUUUACGUCAACCCCUGUGAGCCCUCGCCCUGCGGUCCUAAUGCUCAGUGUAAGGAAUCUCAUAAUCAAGCAAUUUGCAGUUGCUUGCCCGAUUACUUUGGUACGCCACCCGCCUGUCGACCCGAAUGUACUACCAAUUCUGAGUGUCCUAUCAAUAAGGCCUGUGUCAAUCAGAAAUGUCGAGAUCCCUGUCCUGGUAGUUGUGGAUACAAUGCCAUCUGCCAAACAAUACAUCACCGAGUCCAUUGCUCUUGCAUCACCGGCCACACUGGUGAUGCCUUGGUGCGAUGUCAACCCAUACCUCAGCCCGUUGUGGCACGCGAACCAUAUCGUAAUUCCUGCGUUCCCACACCUUGCGGACAAUACGCGCAAUGCCGUGUGGUCAAUGACCAAGCGAUCUGCAGUUGUCUGUCUGAGUAUUAUGGCACGCCACCACACUGUCAACCCGAAUGUAUACUCAACUCCGAUUGCCCCGCUCAUCGUUCCUGCAUUAAUGAGAAGUGUCGAGAUCCGUGUCCAGGCGCUUGUGGCCUUUACGCUCAAUGCAAUGUUUUAAAUCACGUGCCCAGCUGUAUAUGUCCCAGCGGCUAUAUUGGCGAUCCAUUCCAUCGCUGUUAUCCAGCACCGCCUGUUCCCGCUCCAAUUGCUGAUGAUCCCUGCCAGCCAGCGCCUUGUGGUGCUAAUGCCCAAUGUGCGGGCGGCAUUUGCAGUUGCCUGCCACUAUACAAUGGUGAUCCGUACGUGGGUUGUCGGCCUGAAUGUAUUUUAAGCACAGAGUGCGCCUUAGACAAAUCAUGUGUGCGCAAUCGCUGCAUUGAUCCCUGUCCUGGCACUUGUGGCUAUAGCGCCAUAUGUGAAGUGCACAACCAUGUGGCCAUGUGCCAUUGCCCCGGCAGUCUGCAGGGCAAUCCAUUUGUUUUGUGCCAAACAUCACCGUUGCAGACAUUGCCAGCACCACCAGUGCAACCCUGCCAGCCAUCGCCUUGUGGCGCAAACGCGCUUUGUCGCCCAGUUGGAGAUCAAGCGAUCUGCAGUUGUUUGCCAGGUUAUUAUGGCAGUCCACCAACCUGUCGUCCCGAGUGCACCACCAACCAAGAAUGUCCUCUGAGCCUGGCAUGCAUGAAUCAAAACUGUCGUGAUCCGUGUCCGGGCGUCUGCGGCCAUCAGGCUGAGUGUCAUGUGAUAAACCACCGACCUCAAUGUGUUUGCCCCACUGGCUACACGGGUAGUCCAUACACACAAUGCCAGCCCAUUAGACCAGCUCCGGUUCUAGUCCAACGUGAACCACUAGAUCCUUGCAUCCCCUCGCCCUGCGGCCCUCACUCCGAGUGCAGCAGUGAUCGAAGUGUAGCAACUUGUCGUUGCCAACCAGAGCAUGUAGGCGUGCCCCCUUAUUGUCGUCCUGAGUGCAUUUCCAACAGCGACUGUGCCACCGAUCGUGCAUGCAUUAAUCGGAAGUGCCAGGAUCCUUGCCCUGGUCUGUGCGGCUUCAACGCCAUAUGCCGCACCAGCAACCACCAGCCAAUUUGUGUGUGUGCACCAGGUCUAAUUGGUAAUCCGUUUACUGCCUGUCAACUUCCGCCCCCACCCACACCGCCUCCUACAAUGACUGUUAUACAAACACCGCAAUAUGAGCAGACUGCGAUUAAUCCUUGCGAGCCGAAUCCCUGCGGCGCCAAUGCGCUCUGUAGUCAGCAUAACGGCAUUGGCUCUUGUAUAUGUUUGCCUGAUUAUUAUGGCAAUCCUUAUGAAGCCUGCCGUCCAGAAUGUGUACUCAACAGCGAUUGUCUCUCGCACAGAGCUUGUGUGCAGCAGAAGUGCCGCGAUCCUUGCCCUGGCACAUGUGGUUUAAAUGCAGUGUGUAAUGUAGUCGACCACCUGCCACAAUGCAGCUGCUUCAGCGGCUACAACGGCAACCCAUUGAAACACUGCGCUCCUCUGCCGGCGGUACAGCAAUGUAAGCGAAAAAUCCCAAGAAAUGCCUAUAUCAUGUGUCAACAUUACAUAUUUUUUUCUAACCUUGUAGCACCUAUAGAUCAAAUCAAUCCUUGCGAGCCAUCCCCUUGUGGUCCUAAUGCACAGUGUUUUGAAAGCAAUAAGCAAGCGAUUUGCUCUUGUCUCCCUGACUUUUUUGGUAGCCCACCUUAUUGCCGACCCGAGUGUACAUUAAACUCUGAGUGCGCCUUCGAUAGGGCCUGUGUGCAGUACAGGUGUACCGAUCCAUGUUUAGGAGCCUGUGGUUUUAACGCGGAAUGCCGAGUUCAUUACCAUAGCCCCAUUUGCUUCUGCAAGCCAACGCACACUGGAAAUCCAUUUACUCGUUGUUACGAGAGUCAAAGACGUAAGAUCCAAUGUGAUACAGCUAUCAAUUGCAACAGUCCAUUUAAUAAUCCUUUUUCAGCAAAUGUAGCUCCCCCAAUUGUGAGACCUUUAAUUUAUGAUACACCAGCACCACCCUAUCCAAUUGUCAUACCCGGUGUGGUUUAUAUUUUCUCUGGGCAACAGCCGGUAUCCCCAUCGUACCCAGCUACAACAUAUACCACAACUUCCCAAGUGCCAACAAUAUAUGAACCGAAACCGGGUGUUAUCAAUAUACCAUCGUCAACACCACAAGCCACUCAUAAGCCAGGAAUAGUGAAUACUCCUUCGUUCCUACAACCGGUGCCACCAGCUUCUCAGCCGCCCAUAUUCGUACCAUCACCUUCAGUACCUUCAACACCUGCAACACAACCAGGAUUAAUUAACAUUCCUUCAGUACCCCAACCUACAUAUCCGCCACCUCAACAAGCGAUACAUGAUAUAAGCCACCCACCACAGCCGCCACAAAUUCCCGAACCAGGAGUCAUUAAUAUUCCGUCAGUGCCUCAACCGAUUAAUCCGACAACACAGGCACCCAUUAUUGUACAGUCAUCAAGUCCAACAUCUACUGCACCACAGCCGGGAACUAUCAACAUACCAUCCAUACCACGGCCAACUUACCCAUCAUCUCAGCCUCCAGUCUACGAUGUAAACUACCCAACGUCACAACCCACUCAUAUGCCAGGAGUAGUGAAUAUUCCAUCGUUCCCACAACCGGUGCCACCAGCGUCUCAGCCGCCCAUAUUCUUACCAUCACCUUCAGUACCUUCGACACCUGCAACACAACCAGGAGUAAUUAACAUUCCAUCAGUACCCCAACCUACAUAUGCGCCACCUCAACAAGUGAUACAUGAUAUAAGCCACCCACCACAGCCGCCACAAAUUCCCGAACCAGGAGUCAUUAAUAUUCCAUCAGUGCCUCAACCGAUUUAUCCGACAACACAGACGCCCAUUUUUGUACAGUCGUUAAGUCCAACAUCCCCUGCACCACAGCCGGGAACUAUCAACAUACCAUCCAUACCUCGGCCAACUUAUCCAUCAUCUCAGCCUCCAGUCUACGAUGUGAACUACCCAACGUCACAACCCACUCAUAUGCCAGGAGUAGUGAAUAUUCCAUCGUUCCCACAACCGGUGCCACCAGCGUCUCAGCCGCCCAUAUUCGUACCAUCACCUUCAGUACCUUCGACACCUGCAACACAACCAGGAGUAAUUAACAUUCCAUCAGUACCCCAACCUACAUAUCCGCCACCUCAACAAAUGAUACAUGAUAUAAGCCACCCACCACAGCCGCCACAAAUUCCCGAACCAGGAGUCAUUAAUAUUCCGUCAGUGCCUCAACCGAUUUAUCCGACAACACAGACGCCCAUUUUUGUACAGUCGUCAAGUGCAACAUCCCCUGCACCACAGCCGGGAACUAUCAACAUACCAUCCAUACCUCGGCCAACUUAUCCAUCAUCUCAGCCUCCAGUCUACGAUGUAAACUACCCAACGUCACAGCCCACACAUAUGCCAGGAGUAGUGAAUAUUCCAUCGUUCCCACAACCGGUGCCACCAGCGUCUCAGCCGCCCAUAUUUGUACCAUCACCUUCAGUGCCUUCAACACCUGCAACACAACCUGGAGUAAUUAACAUUCCAUCAGUACCCCAACCUACAUAUCCGUCACCUCAACAACCGAUAUAUGAUGUAAACUUGCCAAGACCACAGCCAGCUCCUGGAAUUGUGAAUAUUCCCUCUGUCCCACAACCAGUACCACCAGCUCCGCAGCCUCCUAUAUUCUUGCCUUCAAAUCCCGCCUCUUCAACACCUGCACCACAGGCAGAAACUACCAACAUACCAUCCAUACCACAACCAACUUAUCCAUCACCUCAGCCACCAACCUACGAUGUGAACUACCCAGCACCGCAACCGACUCAUAAGCCAGAAGUGAUCAAUAUUCCUUCUGUUCAACAACCGAGUCCAGAUUUUGAUAUUACCUACCCAACGCAACCUACGCAACCAGCAGUUCCUGGAGUUAUCAACAUUCAUUCUGCACCUCAACCAGUCCCAGCCCCUGAGCUAACGAAUCCAGCUAUCUACGAUGUAUACUAUCCACCGCCACCACAAAUACCAGGAGUUAUAAAUAUUCCAUCUUUACCACGGCCAAUUAUACCAACACCAACACCUCCUGCUCAUAUUCCGUCACCUGCAAUCUCAACUUCAACGCCUGCACCACAACCAAUAGUUAUCUAUGUACCAUCUAUACCAAAACCAACUUAUCCGACACCAGUACCGCAGCCUCCUAUAUUCGUUCCAUCUCCUCCAGUAACUGUAGCACAUGCUCCUCAACCAGCAGUAAUAAACAUUCCUUCAGUAGCUCAGCCUACGUAUCCAACAGUACUGCCUGCGAAUUACGAUGUGAACCAUCCAACACCAGAACCGUCUCAGAUACCAGGAGCUGUGAACAUUCCGUCCGUCCUACAACCAGUACCACCAGUUUCUCAACCACCUAUAUUCAUUCCAUCUGCAGUGUCAUUGACACCUACACCAAAACCGGGAGUUAUCCAUAUACCAUCUGUACUCCAACAAGCAUACCCAACACCUCCGAUACCUGAAGUUUUGAAUAUUCCUUCAGAUCCGCAGCCAGUGAUUCCAGCUCAACAGCCUCCUAUAUUCGUUCCAACUCCAGUGGAAGUUACACCUAUACCUCCGACGUAUGAUGCUAACUACCCAGUAAAACAACCAGAUUACGCGCCAGGAAUCAUCAACAAUCCAUCAGUUGCACAGCCAACAUCUAACACCCCACGUCCGGUCAAUAAUAUUUUGACACCAAGUGCAGAGGUCAAUCCGUGUUAUCCAUCUCCAUGUGGCCCAUACUCGCAAUGCCACAAUCGUUUUGGAGUAGCCGCAUGUAUUUGUCUACCCAAUUACAUUGGAACCCCUCCAAAUUGCCGUCCAGAAUGCGUCGUGCACUCCGAUUGUCCUGCUCACUUGGCAUGUGUAAAUGAAAAGUGUCGCGAUCCUUGUCCAGGCUCUUGUGCCUACAACGCUCUAUGCCGGGUGCACAAUCAUGUGCCCAACUGUUUUUGCCCGGCUGGCUACACCGGCGAUCCCUUCGUUUCAUGCCAACGGACGCCGGAGCCGGCGAUCGUGGAACGCGAACCACCUGCAACGAAGGAUCCUUGUUAUCCGUCACCUUGUGGAGCAAAUGCUUUAUGCAACAAUGGUAUCUGCAGUUGUCUGGACGAAUAUCAUGGAAAUCCUUAUGUGAGCUGUCGUCCUGAAUGCGUGCUGAACACGGACUGUUCAAAGGAUAAGGCGUGUAGGAGGCAAAAGUGCGAAGAUCCAUGCCCGGGCACUUGUGGAUCAAAUGCUGUGUGCAAUACUUACAAUCAUAUUCCCUCAUGCACAUGUCCAGCUCAAAUGCACGGUGACGCCUUUGUGCGCUGUGACCCAAUGCCAGUGCCGAAACCGGCAACGACAACACCUUCCUCAACACCCGGCACACUUCCUGCCAUUAUACCACCACGCAUACCAAUAAAUCCCUGCCAGCCCUCGCCGUGCGGCUUUAAUGCACAAUGCCGCACAUAUCAGCAGCAAGCCAUUUGCUACUGUCUGCCUGGAUAUCAGGGCACACCCCCCUCUUGCCGUCCGGAGUGUAGCAGUAACUCAGAUUGUGAUCUUGACAAGUACUGCUUGAAUCUCAGAUGUCGAAAUCCCUGUCCAGGCGCUUGUGGCUUACGCGCUGUAUGCCAUGCGCAGAACCACAGUCCCAUAUGCGUGUGUCCACCCCCGCUGACGGGUAAUCCCCUAGUAGCCUGUCAACCCAUAGGUAUGCCGCUAAACCUCAAAGCCUUUGCAAUCUCUAAUGCAGUUCUUUCAGUUUUACCACCAGCACCCGCAAAAGACCCCAUCGAAGUGAAUCCCUGUCACCCAUCACCUUGCGGUCCCCACACAAAGUGUGUGGCCACACCACAAGGCGCCCAGUGCAACUGUCUCAGAGAAUUCAUAGGCACACCACCGCACUGCCGUCCCGAGUGUGUUAGCAGCGCCGAUUGUGCGAAUGACAAGACCUGCAAUAAUCACAAAUGCAUCGACCCUUGUCCCGGUAGCUGCGGUCAGCUGGCCUUGUGUCGCGUCAUAGCUCACAGUCCGAACUGCUACUGCCCGGAUGGUUAUAUGGGCGAUGCGUAUACCACGUGCGUGCGAUCCACGCCACCUCCGGCACCAGUUUUACCCAAGCCCAUACCAUGUAAUCCGAAUCCCUGUGGUGCGAAUGCCGUUUGUCACCCGCAAUAUACCCAAAGCGUAUGUCAGUGUCUGCCCAACUAUUAUGGCAAUCCCUACGAGAUUUGUCGGCCCGAGUGCACUCGCAAUUCGGACUGCACAAGCGAUCGAGCUUGUGUGAACGAGAAAUGUCGCGAUCCUUGUCCAGGCGUCUGUGGCAUUAAUUCUUACUGUCAAGUUAUCAAUCAUGCGCCCAUCUGCGAAUGCCUAACACAUUAUGUGGGCAAUCCCUAUCACAGCUGUCAUCUAAUGAUGCAAGAACCCACGCCCCCUGUUUAUGUAAAUCCCUGUGAGCCAACACCGUGCGGCGCCAAUUCACAGUGCCGAGAAUCGCAGGGUCAGGCAAUUUGCAGUUGCUUGCCACAGUUUAUAGGCACCCCGCCUGCCUGUCGUCCCGAGUGUGUUAUAAGUGCAGAGUGUAGCGCGGAUAAGGCCUGCAUCAAUCAAAAGUGUCAAGAUCCAUGCCCAGGCACGUGUGGAGUCAAUGCCCAAUGUCAUGUGCGCAACCAUAGUCCGUUGUGCUCUUGCCAAUCUGGUUACACAGGCGACGCCUUUAUCCGCUGCUUGCCGCUACCACCCAAACAGGCAGAGCCACCUACGCAGCCAGCCAUGCCGUGUGUGCCGUCACCAUGUGGACCCAAUUCCCAGUGCCGUGAAGUGAAUGGCGGUGCCAGUUGCAGUUGCCUGCCAAACUUUAUUGGUGCAGCGCCCAACUGCCGGCCCGAGUGCACCAUUAAUGCAGAGUGCGGCAGCAAUUUGGCGUGUAUCAAUGAGAAAUGUCGUGAUCCCUGUCCAGGUGCCUGCGGCUUUGCAGCACAAUGUAAUGUAAUCAACCAUACGCCUAGUUGCUCUUGCCCCGCUGGCUAUACAGGCGAUCCCUUCAGUAGCUGUCGUCUGUUGCCACCCACACCGCCACCAACACCAUCGACACCAGCCGAUCCCUGCAAUCCCUCACCAUGUGGAAGCAAUGCGCAGUGCCGCAGUGGCCAAUGCUCAUGCCUGCCGGAAUAUCAGGGUGACCCCUACAUUGGUUGUCGUCCGGAAUGCGUGCUAAACUCCGAGUGUCCAAGAAAUCGCGCUUGUGUACGCAACAAAUGCAUUGAUCCUUGUCCCGGAACCUGUGCCCAGAAUGCUCUUUGCGAUGCGAUCAAUCACAUUGCCAUGUGUCGCUGUCCAGAGCGCAUGACGGGCAACGCAUUUGUUGCCUGCACACCUGUGCGCGAUGAGCCCCCAAUUAAUCCUUGUCAACCAUCGCCAUGUGGAGCCAAUGCACAGUGUAUUGAGCGCAAUGGAAAUGCGAUUUGCUCCUGCAUCACUGGAUAUUUGGGUCAGCCGCCCAACUGCCGUUUAGAGUGCUACACCAGCUCGGACUGUUCCCAACAACACGCAUGCAUCAACAACAAGUGUGUGGAUCCCUGUCCUGGACAAUGCGGCCUCAACGCUGUUUGUCAGGCUGUGCAGCAUCGUGCCCACUGCGAGUGCAUCGCUGGCUACACUGGCAACGCCUACAACUUGUGCAAUCCCAUCGUUGUGGAGCGCAAACCAGAAACAGCCCGCGAUCCAUGCCACCCAUCGCCAUGUGGAUCAAAUGCGCAGUGCAACAACGAUAAUGGUCAGGCGCGCUGUACUUGCCUGGAUGAAUUCCAGGGGACGCCGCCCAAUUGCCGACCUGAGUGUUCCUACAAUGAUGAGUGUGCAAAUAAUUUAGCCUGUAUCGGUCAGAAGUGUCGCGAUCCAUGCCCCGGUAGCUGUGGCCAAAAUGCCCAGUGCCAAGUUACCCUGCACACACCCAACUGUCUUUGUCAAGCGGGCAUGACGGGUGAUCCGUUCCGUCUUUGCCAGCAAGUGACCCAAACAUUGCCAACACCAUUGCCUACACCAAAGAAUCCCUGCAAUCCAUCACCUUGUGGCAGUAACACCGAGUGCCGUCUGCGUGGCGAAAGCUUUGUAUGCGAGUGCAUUCAGGAGUAUAUUGGCAAUCCUUAUGAAGGCUGCCGUCCGGAAUGCGUUGGUAAUUCUGAGUGCCCAGCCAAUCGCGCCUGCAUACGCAACAAGUGCGCCAAUCCCUGCCCGGGUACCUGCGGCCAAGAUGCGCUGUGCAACGUCAACAACCAUAUACCAAUCUGUUCCUGCCCAGAAGGUUACACGGGUAAUGCCUUUAUUCAAUGCACGCGACAGGUGACACCCCUGCCGCCCUCGGAUCCAUGCUAUCCAUCGCCCUGUGGCCUCAACUCAGUGUGUCGUGUGCAGCGGGAUCAGGCUGUCUGCGAAUGUCUGCCCGGCUUCUUUGGCAAUCCAUUGGGUCAGGGCUGUCGACCUGAGUGCACACUCAGCUCAGACUGUGCCAAGGAUCGUGCGUGUGUGAACAACAAGUGCGUUGACGCCUGUGCAGGAGUUUGCGGCUACGGCGCCGUCUGCCAGACCAUCAAUCACAGUCCUAUUUGCUCUUGUCCUGACAACAUGGUUGGUAAUCCGUUCGUGCAAUGCGAAGCGCCUCGUACCGUCGAUGUUGAUCCCUGCCAACCAUCGCCCUGUCGCAGCAAUGGUAUCUGCCGCGUACAAAAUGGCGCUGCCACCUGCAGCUAUCCGGAGUGUGUUACUAAUGAAGACUGCUCCCGGGAUCGCGCUUGCGUCAGUCAGAAAUGCCAUGAUCCAUGUCUGCACGCCUGUGGUCUCAACGCUAUUUGUCGUGUUAUCAAUCACAAGUCCGUGUGCAGUUGUCCUCCAGACUUUUAUGGCUCACCGUACGCGCAGUGCGUGCGCCAAGUGCCUCAACUCGAUCCACCAAAACCCGAAUGCACCAGUGAUGGCGAAUGCAGCAACGACAAAGCAUGUAUCAAUCAGGUCUGCCGCAACCCCUGCGAGCAAUCCAAUCUCUGCGCACAGCAGGCACGCUGCCAUGUGCAGCUCCAUCGUCCGCUCUGCGUAUGCAAUGAGGGCUACACUGGCAACGCUCUGCAACACUGUUACCUCCUGGGCUGUCGCUCCGAUAGUGAGUGCCCGCCAACCGAGGCAUGCAUCAAUGAGCAGUGUGUGGACCCGUGCACUUUUACCCAGUGCGGCACCGGAGCCAUCUGUCGCACCGACUUCAAUCAUCGUGCCCGCUGCCACUGCCCCGAUGGCUACCGCGGCAAUCCUCUGCUGCGCUGCGAGCGACCCGAGUGUCGAAGCGAUGACGAGUGCGCCUUCCGUUUGGCCUGCCGCAACGAGCGCUGUGAAGAUCCCUGUAAUUGUGGUAUUGGCGCUCAGUGCCGCGUAGAUAACCACCGCGCCCAGUGCCGAUGCCCGGCCGGCUAUAGCGGCAAUCCAGCAGUUAGUUGUGAAUUGCUGCCCGUCAAGCCUGAAGGCUGCACUAUGGAUGCCGAAUGCCCCAGCAAAUUGGCAUGCUUCAAUGGCGAAUGCAAGAACCCUUGCGAUGUGACCCAUCCAUGUGGCGCCAAUGCCAUCUGUGAGGUCGUAGAUACACUGCCCUUGCGCACUAUGAUCUGUCGCUGUGAGCCCGGUUACGUUGGUGAUGCUGACAUUGGAUGUCGGAAAGAACCGGUACGUGACCAAGGCUGCGUGUCACAUGAUCAGUGCCAAAAUACAGAGGCCUGCCGCGCUGGCAACUGUGUCAAUCCUUGCCUGGACGCAUCACCCUGUGCGCGCAACGCUCAAUGCUUAGCGCAACAGCACCGCGCCAUCUGCAGCUGUCCACAGGGCACCCAAGGAGAUCCAUUCACCAACUGCUAUCAACCACCACAAAUUACAGCUGGUUGCGCCCACGACUCGGAAUGUACGCCCACAACGGCAUGCAUCAAUAAACGCUGCCAGGAUCCUUGUGCCGAGGCCAAUCCUUGCGCUGGAAAUGCCGAGUGUCGCGUGCAAAAUUCCCGACCUAUCUGCUACUGUCCCCCUGGAUGGGGUGGUGAUCCCCAAGUUCAAUGUUUCAAACCCGAGUGCAAGAUCAAUGCUGAUUGUCCCUAUGAUAAGGCUUGCCUUAAUGAGAACUGUGUCAAUCCGUGUACUCAUGGUCAGGUGCGUUGCGGCAGCGGUGCCGAAUGCCUACCACAGAAUCACCAGGCUGUCUGCCGCUGUCCCGCCGGCACGCAGGGCAGUCCCUUCAUCGCUUGCAUCACUGGACACUGUCAGUACAACGAGGAUUGUGCCGAUAACGAGGCCUGCGAUCGCCUAAAUCGCGUUUGCCGUCCAGUUUGUGAGCAGGACACCUGCGCCGUGAAUGCCCUUUGUGUGGGACGUCGUCAUCAGCCACAAUGCGAAUGCCGCACAGGCUACCAGGGUAAUCCCUUCGUGCUGUGCCAGGAGCCCAAGCGUGAUCCACAGCCGCAGUGCACACAGGACGCCGACUGCCCAUCGAAAUUGGCUUGCAUUAAUCAGCGCUGCGAAAAUCCAUGCGCCACGCCACAUGUCUGCAGUCCACAACAAAGCUGUGCGGUCCUGGACACACUGCCACUGCGCACCAUGAUCUGCAAGUGUCCCAGCGACACUGUCUCCGAUAACUCUGGCAACUGUGUGCCCAUCCAACCUGUCAUCGUCCCCGGCGGCUGUCAGCAUAAUGCAGAGUGCGCCAGCUCCGAGAUAUGUUUGCAUGGCAGCUGCCUGGAUGCCUGUCGCCUGGAACGGUGCGGCGUUAACGCUCAAUGCAACGCGCGUGAUCAUUACGCGCAAUGCAGUUGUCCGGCUGGUUACCAGGGUAAUCCACGCAUCGAAUGCUACACAACGGACAUUGCCAUCCCGAAAAUUCCGGGCGCCGAGUGUACACGCAACGAUGACUGUCCUCGUGAUAAGAACUGCCAAAACGAACGCUGUGUUAACCCAUGCGCGGCGGAUGCCUGCGGUCAGGGCGCCUACUGUCAUGUACAAAAUCGGGCCGCCGUCUGCCGUUGCCCGCCUGGCUAUACUGGUGAUGCACGCGUACGGUGUCAGCCACCUUCGGAUGUCAUAACAGUAGGUUGCAAGUCGAAUUCCGACUGCCCUGCUUCGGAGUCGUGCAUCAAUGCGCAGUGCAUCAAUCCUUGCAAUUGUGGACCCAAUGCCGAGUGCACUGUUAAGAACCAUCAUCCAAUCUGCUACUGCAAGCCCGGCUAUUCAGGCAAUGCGCAGUUCGGCUGCGUACCUAUUGGCUGUCAGUCGGAUGAUGAGUGUACGGGCGACAAGCAGUGCGUUAAUCGUGAGUGUAUCAAUCCAUGCCUCAUUUCCGAUCCUUGUGCUCUGAACGCGGAAUGUUAUGGCCGCAAUCAUCGAGCUAGCUGCCGCUGUCCCGCCGGCCUCGAGGGUGAUCCAUUUGUGCGUUGUGUGCGCCUAGAAUGUCACUCCGAUCACGAUUGCGCCUCCAACUUGGCCUGCGUUGCUAACCAGUGUGUGAAUCCUUGCGCUCAGAGUCCAUGCGCUCAAAAUGCUAUCUGUCAGGCGCUUCAGCAUCGCGCUGUCUGUCGCUGCCCAGAGCAAAUGCCACUAGGCAAUCCAUAUGCCUUCUGCGAACGCCGACCCAUUGAACCAGUGUGCCGCGACGAUGGUGACUGCCCCAGCGGAUUGGCCUGCAUCGAUGCUAAAUGCAAGAACCCAUGCACCGAACUUUCACCCUGUGCACGCAGUGCCCACUGCAGCGUGCUGGACAGUGUGCCUGUGCGCACCAUGGUUUGUGAGUGUCCUGAGUCGCAAGUGCCGGAUGCCAGCGGUGAGUGCCGCCAGCUGGUGCUACAGAGUCCUCCCGGCUGCGAAAGCGAUCUGGAUUGUAACGAACAGGAGGCCUGUGUUAAUCGUCAAUGUCGCAAUCCUUGCAACUGCGGUACCAACGCUAUUUGUCAUGUUCAACAGCAUCGCGCCGUGUGCAGCUGCCAGGAUGGCUUCGAGGGCAAUCCUUAUGCCGCCUGCCGCUCCAUUGGCUGUCGUGUCGAUGGCGAAUGCGACUCUGGAAAGGCCUGCAUUAAUGGCAAUUGUAUCAAUCCUUGUCUACUCAACGAUCCGUGCGGCCCCAACGCCGAGUGCUAUGUGCAGUCCAGUCGCGCCCAGUGCCGCUGCCUAAGCGGCUAUCGAGGCAAUCCAUACGAGCGCUGCCGCGUCAUUGGUUGCAGUAGUAACAAUGACUGCCCCACGGAUAAGACUUGCCAGAAUGAACAAUGCGUCAACCCAUGCGUCUAUCACAAUGUCUGUGCGCCGCGCGCUGAGUGUCGCCCACAGAAUCAUAUGGCCGUGUGCCGCUGUCCGUCGAACUUCCUGGGUAAUCCCUAUGUGGACUGUCGCCCACAGCCACAGCCCGUUUGCAAACUGGAUACGGACUGCCCUGCGCGCCUGGCCUGCAUUAACGAGCAAUGCGUCGAUCCCUGCUUAGUAUUGGAGCCCUGUCAAAGACCUGCCCAGUGCCAGGUGACACCAACGGCUCCUGUGCGCACCAUGAUCUGCAUUUGUCCCGAUGGUUACAUUAGUAGUGGCAGCGGCAGCUGCAAGCCUACCACUAGCGUUGUCAAGGUGGGCGGUUGCAUCUCAGAUACCGACUGUGCCGCUGAUAAGUCCUGCGUGAACGGCAUUUGCCGAGAUCCCUGCAACUGUGGUCUGAAUGCCGAGUGUCGCAUUAAGGACCAUAAGCCAGUUUGUACCUGUCGUCAGGGCUACGAGGGCAAUCCCGAAUUCGAGUGCGGUAAGAUCGAAUGCACCAUCAAUUCGGAAUGUCCAGCCACACAUGCCUGCCGUAACCAGCUCUGCGUGCCCGCCUGCCAGGGCGAGCUCUGUGGACCCAAUGCCGAAUGCCUAGCUAUUAACCAUCGAGCCGUUUGUGAGUGCGCCCCUGGACAUGGUGGAAACGCACGCCUGGGCUGCACACCGCUUGGCUGUCGCAACGACGAUGAAUGUCCUUCGGAUAAGGCUUGUGUUAAUGGCAAAUGCGCAAAUCCUUGCGAGACUACAGCCAUUUGCGCCAACGAUGAGCUUUGCAAGGUCUAUCAACAUAAGCCUCAAUGCGCUUGCGCGCCUGGAACUGUGCCUGGUCGCAACGGCUGCGAACAGGAACGAGUGGUGCCCAUCUGCAUCAGCGAUGCCGAUUGCCCAACUCAACGCGCCUGUCUGCGCGGCGAGUGUGUGAAUCCCUGCAAUUCUACGCAACCCUGCGGAGUAAAUGCCGAAUGCCGAGUCCUAGACACGCUGCCCGUGCGUACCAUGAUCUGCGAAUGCCUGGAGGGCUAUACCGGCAAUGCGGCUGUGCAGUGCGACAAGCGCUCGCUCUGCGUCAUCGAGAAAGGAUUUGUGCGCGAUGUCGAUGGUCAGUGCGUAUGCCCGCCGGGCAGCGCCCUUGACAUCUAUGAGUACUGCACACCAUGCCUGGUGGAGCAGGGCUAUCGCAUCGAUGAAAGCGGCCACUGCGUGUGCGCAUUGGAGCGCGGUAUGGUAAUUGAUGAGCGUGGUAGCUGCACUUGUCCAAUCGAGCUGGGCUAUCGCCUGACACCUCUGGGUGAGUGCCAGCCCGUGGAGCAGCCUGAGUGUGUGAGUAAUGAGCAGUGUGCGGAUAAUCGCUACUGCAAUCCAGAAACAAAGACCUGCGAGGAUCCAUGCCUAACCAAAACGUGUGGUGUCAAUGCCUUCUGUAAUGCGGUGAAUCACCGGGCCCAGUGCCAGUGCAUCACCGGCUAUACAGGUAAUCCGGAGCUGCAUUGCAAUCACACCAAUUUCCGUACCGACUUCCCCCGACCCGACAUGGUUGUCAGUUGCUUAGCUGAUGGCGUUCAAGUUGAGAUUCAUAUCACCGAGCCGGGCUUCAAUGGCGUGUUAUAUGUAAAGGGACACAGCAAGGAUGAGAAUUGCCGUCGCGUUGUCAAUUUGGCUGGCGAGACGGUGCCACGCACCGAAAUCUUCCGCGUCCACUUUGGCAGCUGCGGCAUGCAAGCCGUAAAGGAUGUGGCCAGUUUUGUGCUGGUCAUACAGAAGCAUCCCAAGCUAGUUACCUAUAAGGCACAGGCUUACAACAUCAAGUGCGUCUACCAGACUGGCGAGAAGAAUGUAACCCUAGGCUUUAACGUAUCCAUGCUAACAACUGCCGGAACAAUUGCCAAUACUGGACCACCGCCUAUCUGUCAAAUGCGAAUCAUCACCAAUGAGGGUGAGGAGAUCAACUCCGCCGAGAUUGGUGACAAUCUACGUCUGCAAGUGGACGUUGAGCCAGCCACUAUUUAUGGCGGCUUCGCGCGUUCUUGCAUAGCCAAAACCAUGGAGGAUAAUGUGCAAAACGAAUAUCUUGUAACCGAUGAGAACGGCUGCGCCACAGACACAAGCAUCUUUGGCAACUGGGAGUACAAUCCGGAUACCAACAGUCUGCUGGCCAGCUUCAAUGCCUUUAAGUUCCCUUCCAGUGACAACAUACGUUUCCAGUGUAACAUACGCGUAUGCUUUGGAAAAUGUCAGCCAGUCAAUUGUGGCGGAUACAAUGCCUUUGGACGCAGACGUCGCUCUAUUGCGGACAACUCCAGCGAUACGACUGCCAUUGCCACCAGUACUGGUGUCGAAGGUCAGCUGCGUGAGGAGAUAACUAUCUCUUCCAAUGCCAUAUUGACAUUUGAGAAACGCAGCGGUUCAGGCCUGAAUGAUGCCAACAUCAAACCGGCGGCCCAGCGUGUUGAGGAUAUUUGUGUCUCAAUGGUGGGCUUGAUUAUAGCUCUGGUUAUCACGGCGCUGCUUGCACUUGUCGCCGUCGCCGUGGCAGUCUCCUGUUGGCUCAUGGCCUACAGAAGAAGGCCCAAAACAUUGGCGCCAUUGCCACAUCCGCCAGAGUUCCCCAAUCCACUGUUCGCCAAUGCAGACGCUGCACCCGAACCAACGCCGGACUAUAUCUCCUGAACCGUUAAGUAACUAAAAACAAAACACCCACAGACAAAUCAAAACAAAAACACCUAGCUAUAAUAUUAGUAUUUAAAAACAAAAAAGAUGAAUAUUUGAAAAGCACGUGCAAAAAGCUAGAAACGAAAUUAAAUUUCGCGCAAAAAAUGCAAUGAAAUAAAAGAAAAAAAAAAAGUAAAGUUGUGAGCAGAAAAUAUAUUCGUUGGCGUUUAUGAAACGUUGACGAAAAACGAAGCCUUAAAUGAAUUGUAAAAAGCAAAACGACAAUAAGAUCAAUGCCACAAAACGCAUUGCAGACAUUUAUUUAAUAACUUGAGAAAAUAAUUUUAUUAUUUUGUAUUAACAUUUUAGUAUUUUUCCUUACUAAUAUGAGAAUUUUGCGUAGUUGCACGACAACAGUAAUUUUUUUUAUUGAAUACAACAGAUUUUUAGAACCGAAACUGCCAAAAGUAAAUAUGAGAAACAGAUCAAUACAGAGAGAAGAUUUAGAUUAAAAGAGCAGCUACAAACGAAUUCUCGUCCUCUAACGACAACUUCUUCAUUAGUCGAUUAUAAUUACAUAUUGAUAUUUUGUUAUAUACAUACAUAUACACACAUAUAUAUAUAUAUAGCUAAAGACUUCCUAUAAAUGUUUAGGGUGUGGGUAGUAGCAACAACACUUUGUAUUAUAGCACAAAUACACACGUAAUCACAAACACACACACACACUACUACUUCCUGUGUAUUUUAGGAAUUGAGCUCGCCUUUAAAAUUGAAAACUGCCUUAAUUUUCCACUACACUAAACGAACAAUGCACCCAAAAACAAAACAAAAAAUACUCCUUAGCAGUACGUAAGCUUAAAAUGGAGCAGUGAAUUUCCACAGCCGAGCAAAAUAUAAUCACAGGACAAUAUAUCAGCGAUUGUCUUUCACGGAUUAUAUUGAAACAACAGAGUUCAGCACAUUCACACACACACAGACAGACCACGGAAAAAAAAAUAAAUGAACUUGGGCAUAGUUAAUGCUGCUCCAAAAAAAAAAAAUUAAUAUAUAAAACCUAAAGAAGCGAAAAACAAAAAAAAACUGCCACUGAGGCGUCAAAAGCGCACAAAAGAUUAAUGCAUAGGAGAAAUAUUUAAGGUUUGUUUUAAUUUUAAAUGCAACGACGACUAAUGGAGGAUUUGAACUAUGACUAUAACUAUAACUCUACUACAUACUACUAUGAUUAACCAAUUAUUUUUGUAGUUUUUUAGUCAAUUAAUAUUAAAUUGUUGUGAUUGUUUUAAAAUGCAAAUGAAAUACUUCCACUAAAUAACUAAUAACGCGAAAAGUAUAGCAAGUACUUUAAAAAGGCAACGAAUCGACGUGUUAUCUAACCAGCGCAUCCAUCCAAGCACAGAACGCAGCUGUUAACGCGCCUGAAAUUAUGCAGCGAAGUUUUUGUUUCUGGCGCCUGUUCACAGUGCGCAACUGUCGCUUGGGGGGAUGCGAGAUACACUUCGCUAUAUUUAAAUUAUCUAAAAUGAAGUUUUAAAUUAAUAUUAUUAAACAUAAACAAAAUGUAUAGUCACUACUUUAAGCCGAAUGUGAAAUCACUUUUUUACAGUGGAAAUACCAUGAGAACUCGCACAACUUACACACACACCCACAGUAAGAGACCACUUGUAAAUAAUACAAUACAGGCAAAAAAUCGACGAUAUUUUUAAUAGCGCAUUUUUGUGUAUAGGUUUCUAAGCUUCCAGACACUUCUGUCCAGCAAUAGUAACAUGCCAGAAAUAAAAUUAUUUUCUGAUUUCAAUUAAAAAACAAAAAAAAAAAUAUUAUAACUUGGACACUAUUUUGCUCACAAAUAAAAUUAAAAACUUUUAUUUUUUCUUUAUGAAACCGCUUAGUUUAACAAGUAUCCCGCAAACAACUAGAAUUAAGUUGACAAAACUUUUUGCACUGGCAGCAAAUAUUGAUAAAGAAAACAAAAAGAAUUGUAAAAAGAAAACAAUAGUUAAAUUGUAAUUAUAAUAAAUUGUAUUUAAAUCGAAACACGAAAAAAACAUAUAAUUUUAAUCGCUUAUUGUAAACUAAUAAAAAUUAAAUGAAUAUAAAUAAAGAAAA